GACGCCCCGCCCGCUGCCCCCUCCGCGCUCCCUCCGCCGAAGAGCGGCCCUCCCUCCGGGCGGACCCCGCUCAAGCCCCUCCUGCUCCAGUCGGCAGCAACCCGGAAGCGGGCGGUGCUGGAGUCGGAGCCGUUUCCUGCCCGGGAGACAAGCGGCCAGGGUGGGAUCUGUUGCAGCGGACCUGAUCCGGAGCCAUGACUCACCAGACCGGCAUCCACGGUAAGGACAGCGGGGAGCCGCUCACCCCCCCCCUUUUGCCUCUGCGCCUGGGCAGCUCCUUGGCGCCCGCCCGGACUCCGAAGGCUGCCCCGAGCGGCCCGCCGGACGCCAGCUGCCCCUCCACCCGUGCAGCCGCGCCCCGCUCCGGAUCUGCCUUUUCUCUGCCCUCCUCGCCCCAGUGCCUUGCUCGAUGCAGCCUUGCAUCUCCCUUUGCAAGGCAGCAGUUAAACGAGCUGGAUCCUGUUAUUAUUAUUAUUAUAAUCCCGCUGCCUGUUUGGAAAGGGAUGCUGCACCAGCGGCGUCGUCUGUUCUGGGGAGGCUUCUGAAGCCCAGGGGCAUCCGUGCGAAGGUGGCCGGCUGGCUGGGGGACGUGCCUUGAAAUGAAGGCUAACUGGCUGCCUUGGAGCCCGGAGAUCUCGCAGGCUUCUGGUGUUUCGACCUUGCACCCCACCCCCCGCAAGGCAAUGAAUGCCCCCCUGAAGCACCAUUUCUCCCAAAUGCCUGACUAGCCCGCAGUCACCUGAGAGUAUCCAUUUUCUUAGGUGCUCGUCCAAUGGCUGUAAAGAACACCAGUUUUCCUUAACAGAGUUUGCACAGUUUACCUGGAGCGGUUGGUUCUGGGUAAAAACUGGUAUAUUCUUCAUAGCCCCUGCUGGCUUUCACUCACCUGGAUUUUCCAAAAAAAACACCACCACCAAAUCACGGUCUGAGGAUCAUCUUUCCUACCCAGCCCUUAGACCCCACAGCUGCAUAUGUUCUGAAUGACUGUGGCUCUUUGGGAGCCCUGAAAUUCCUUCAGCACCUUCUCUUUUACAUGUGAUUUUCAUAUUUGUGCAGCAGCUUCUUUCCUGUAAAAGCUGCAAAGGCACCCCACAGCACUUGUUUUGAUGCCAAGCCUGAGACGGCUGCUUCCUGAGCUUGUAUUUCUCUGCAAAGGAUCUGUAGGUAGCAGCUCUUCUCACCAGAAAUGUGUCAGCCUUUCCUCUGCUUCUCCAUUAUCUCUUAACAUGUUCGGCUCCGCAGCAUGAAUCAUAAUUGCAGGAACCAUUUCCCUUUCUGCGUAGCAGGCAGCUCCUUCGCUUCAGUGUUUCUCUCUGUCUCUGCCUUUAGCUUUCGCCCAGUGAUCACACAAAAGAUAAUCACAAACAUUAAUCUUCUCAGGUUCUCUUUAUGCAUGCUACGAUGUUGCUGAAAUGCAGCGCAGGAUUGCAGCAUAGGAUGGCAGUACUUCAGAAGGCAAAGUGACGCAGAAUGUACAUUACUAUAAUUCAUUAAACAAUUUGGUAUGAUGUAUGAUCAAAUUACUGGUAACCAUGGCAAAAAAAAAAAAAUCUCUGCCCUUUGUCCUCCUAUUUUUAACUUCUUACAAAGAAUUUCCAUAUAUAAAAUCAGGAUGCAGAAUGUCACCCCAGGCCUAAUCCAAACCUAGUGUUGUUUCAGUUUUAAUCCUACAAAGAAAAUGCAGACGUCUCAUGUUGCGAAAAUCUUUGCAGGCUGCAAUAAUCCAAGAGGGAUUGAUUGCUAUGAGGAUACAAUUUGAUAUGACAGAGCAGCAAGAAAUGUGAUUGGAACCAGGAUAAUUUCUUAAGAAAGCACUCUGCAAAUGCUCUCCUAGGUCAUGUUUACACACCCAUAUUUAACCUUGAACUAUUCUUUUGGGUGGGUUGGAUCUCUGACAAGAGGAUUUUCAGGGUUAUCACAAGAUUAUGUUUCUUAGGAGUGUGAUAAAGUGAUGACCAGGAUUUGUAAAAUUAAUUCAUAGUUAUAAUGUAGAAAUACUGUAAAGGUAGGUGUUGGAGUACCUGAAGACCUGGUUGAAUCAAACAUCUGGAUUUUACUGUAGGGAACAAUUGUAUGGGUACUGGUAGCUUUCAAACUCUUUUAAUAACUGUUGUCUUUGCAUGUGUAAUUCUGUAGUGGCUGCAGAGAUCUUACAAUUUCAGUUCAUUUGGCAGCAGUAACGAGUUAUUGGCCUCUGCAGCCACAGCAGAUGCUGUGAUUCUCCAGCAGUUUGACCUCACCACCAGAGGUGCACUCCAUUGUCUCCUGAGACAGACGACUGCCAACAACAAGCAAGUCCUCUUCAGCUAAAGCAGAUUCGGCUUGCAAGUUAACACUAGUAAUUUAAGGGUCCUUCAUUAGUUUUGGAUUAAAAUAUAUCCUUGGAUUUGAAUUAGUUAUAUGUGGCAAGGAGCAUAUAGCUGACUCCAGAAUUAACUAUAUUACAUUGUUCUUCCACAUUUCUUUCCAAGAAGCUCAAGGCAGUGUGUAUACUUCUCUCUUUUUCCACAUCACCUUCUGUAUAACCCUGCAAGGUAGCUCAGGCUGAAAAACUGGUCCAUAGUCACCCUGUGGGUUUCAUGGCUGAGUGGAGAUUUGAGACUUGAUCUCAUUGGUUCGACUGCAGGUCUUUGACUAGUAGACCACAUCAUCUGUCACCACACACCUGCUACACACUUGUGUACAGUGUCAUGCCUGGAAGUAGAUACAUGACUGUCAAUAACAUUAAUUGGUAAUACAUAGCUUAGUCCUGAAGAUCCUGAGAUACUGCUCAUCUCACCAAGAUGUUUUCCACUAUUCCUGGCUUAGCACUGUAAUACUAAAAUAGGGAUGGGUGGAUUGAGAAGAGGUACCAGCUACCAUGGUGUCCUUGAGCAUUUUUUUCUGGACUGUGCCACUUGGACUGAUCUUACUGGUUGCUGGUCUGCCAUUUUGACUAGGAAGUAUCAGAACAGGAGUGCCAUGGGCCUUCUGCAGUGUGUAGACAUCAGGUGUGCUGAAUUAACCUUCUGAAACCUGAGAGAGGCUCUUUCUGGAAGUGGCUGUAAUUGUUCAUAGCCUCACACACUGUAGGUGGUGGUCCAUUAAUUUCAGCAUCCUAAGAACAGGACUGGACUUCAGGAGAUAACUGAUUAGAGCCUUUGCUCUUGUAAAAUACUGUCUGGCAUCUUGUGCCAGAUGCAUCAUGUCUCUCAACACAGCUAUAGUUGCUUCUGGAAUAAAACAGAACUUCUGCACGAUCGUGGACUGAUUUUGCACCCUCGGAUCCACUCCUUCCUUGUUCUCUUGCUACAGGUCUGUUUACAUGAUGAAAGUUUGAGUGAGUGGUGUUCUGACACCUUGACAACACCUUCAUCACUUUGUGCAGUAGAUUUUGCAGUUUCCCAUAACCGAAAGCAAACCCACAGCAGGUGAAAAUGUGGAAGAACAGGGGUUUGCCCACAAGCUACUGGAAUUUAUUGCUUGUGUAACCAAACCUGAAGCAAGCCUAUUGACUUGGAUUAAGAACUGGAGUUUAAUAGUCCUGUUAACUACAGUAUCUUUGGAUUUUUUGUAAAUGGGACCUGAUGAAAUCACAGGCUUGCGUUUUCUUUAGUUAUCUAAAUACUUUGAUGCUUUGCCUGGGGAAGGUUGACUUUGCUUUGACAUAAGUAUUUUUUCUUGUCUCUAUUUAUUAUGUGCUGAAAUGUCUCCUAGGGUAGUUGACAUAUUGUUUUAAAUUGCUACAGAAGAAGAAGCUGUGAUGUAGCUAGGUAUGGGAAGGGUUCAUUUGAGGUUUUGUUCAUUGUAAACAAACUGAAGGCAGAGAUGGUGGAUCGCUCUUCUCCUUAUAUAGUUUAACUACCUUGAAAUCUCAAUUGAGGUUUUAAAUGUGCUAUAAAUUAUGUAACAUAAUCAAUAUAAGUAUGUAGGAGCUGGAGAUGCUAAAGACCUCCUGGGUCAGCUUUUUUGCCACUCUUGACGAUGCAGAAUUGUUACCUACUAUAGAUUCUUCCAGGACUUGUCCACUUCAAUUGCAGUGUAUCAUGCACUGAUGUUCCCCCGCUCCCAGCGGUCUUCAGGCGUCUGUUGUGCAAAGCAAUAGAUCUUGAAAUACCUGAAUGCUUCCUGUUGUUAAACACCUUGGUGAGAUUCUUUUGGCAAGAACUUUACAUUUAUGGUCCCUAUUACUUAGUGGCUCAACCACUACUACUUGGCAAUGGAGCCAACUGUAUUUUGGCCUCUGCUCCACAAACAGUUUUCGCGAGAAGCAAACAAGGGAAAUCAGUUUCCUGAUCAACAAGUACACCGGAGAAGUUGGAAAUGCUGUAAUGAGGAACACAGGCUAUGAUUUCCUUAUGGCACUAUCCUUAGAAAAUGCUAUCCUGAUACAUUUUGGUACGUAUUUCAUAUUCUCAUUUAAAGUGCCAUAGGACUUUGGGAUACAUGGGUUCAAUGCUGAUGAUCUCCACAAAUGUAUUAAGUCCAAGUAAAGCAUGCUUUGGCCUCUCAGGGGUAAGAACCAGAGUCAGCACUGGCGUGUUGUGCUUAAUAAUGCUCAGUCCUAUAUAUAAUUUCUGUUUCCUUUGUUUCUGAUUGUAAAUGAGACCACCAGACUUUGGAAUCCAGGACUCAACCUUCCAUGCCUUUAAGCUAAAAUUUAAAUUGCUGUUAUAUCUUGAAUUUUCCUCUGUUGGGUAGCUGAAAUCGGACAGCAGCAGUUUUAUCCUAUGCGUGCCUCUUCAGAAGUAAACCCCACUGAGUUCAGUAUGAAUGACUUCCAGGUAAACGUGUAUAAUACUGCUUUGCAGAGCAAUCCUAACCAUGUCUGCUCAGAAACAAGUUGAAUUCAGUGGGGCUUACUCCCAGAUUAGUAAGGUUAGCCUUUCAGCCUUAGUUGUCUUCCUUAUCACAUUCCACUUUUGUCCAAUAUACUUUUUAGGAAGUAAGGAGCAUUAAGCAUGAUUCACUUUGAACACUGAUAUGUCUUCAAAUUUGUCCCCUCUAUCAUGUCUAGUAAUCCAGACAUUUACCUGCGCGAAGCCUCAUUUAAUUCAGUAUGACUUAUUUCUGAACCACAUGAUUAGGAUUGUGCUGUAGUACAUUGAAGUGCUAAAAUGAAUUUUUGUUUCUUUGUUGUAGCAGACUAAAACAGCAACUGCCCCUCUAGAAUUUGUGUUUUUGCAAUGGGACCUUACGUUGAAGGGCAGGUUAUAAAUGCAGUGAAUGACAUGGAAAAGGAACAGUGUGAAAGACAAACAUGAAGACUAAGAGAGCCAGUAUGGUGUAGUGGUUAAGAGCGGUAGUCUCGUAAUCUGGGGAACCGGGUUCGCGUCUCCGCUCCUCCACAUGCAGCUGCUGGGUGACCUUGGGCUAGUCACACUUCUCUGAAGUCUCUCAGCCCCACUCACCUCACAGAGUGUUUGUUGUGGGGGAGGAAGGGAAAGGAGAAUGUUAGCGGGUAGUGAUAAAGCGGGAUAUCAAAUCCAAACUCCUCCUCCUCCGCUGCUGCUGCUGCUGCUGCUGCUGCUGCUGCUGCUUCUUCUUCUUCUUCUUCUUCUUCUUCUUCUUCUUUGUCGUCUGCUAAUGCAAAUCCCCACUGGGCCACCUUGGGCCAGUAAUUCCCUCUUAGCCUUACCUACCUCACAGGAUUGUGGGAUUAAAUGAGGAGGGGGAAAACCAUAUACACCACCACGAACCCCUUGGAGAGAAAGGUGGGAAAUAAAUGCAAUAAAUAAAAAUAUAUCAGGAAAAUGCAGUCAGGAUUAUUUGGCUCCUGACUUGAAGAAAAAUGUCCCAAUUCUUUGCAGAGUUAAUAUCUAACCCUAACUGGGAGGGGACUGGAGCAGAAAACAAGAACCAAAUGUGGCUUCAUUGUUCUGUGCUCCCAUGCUGUGUUGAGAGGAAUCUCCUGUUUAGGUAUAUAUCUCAAGUAUUAAGAACUUAGCAGUUUGCAAAAUCUGAAUAGAUGCUCCUAUUAUUUGUACCAAAUUGCUCUUCAGGUGUUACCUUGCAGCUCUUGUAUUUUGCUGCCCCCCCCCCCCCCCCGGUGGAUCUGCCCUGCCCUGGAUUAUUUUAUCCUGAAAACCUUAAGUGAAAUGCUUGUAAUGCCUUAAACAGUCCUCCCCACCAUGAAAUGGUUCUUGAGUUUAUGCUAUCAAUUGUAUCGCUUGUGGUGGUUAGUAGACUAUUAUGCCAGAUUGCCCCACCUUUAAAUUUCCAAAGCUAUUUUCACUUCACAGCUGGUAAUCCAUCAAAGUCGUGGGCUUGCUUGCAUGGUUGCUCCUCCCACCCUCCGCAAGGCGUUGCAGAACUUGUAGAUGAAUAAAAGAGAAGCAUCACUGCUUAUUAUGAGGCAUUAUAAAAAAUCCCAAAUGCUAUGGGUUAUCUCACCUGAGGAAAAAUCUAUAAAAUGGCAUUGCUGAAUUUUAGCAAAAUUAACCAAGCAUAACUAUCUGGUUCUAGUCUCACAGCUAAUAACAUUAAUUAGAGUCAUCAUUCUUUGCUGUAGGGCGAGUUCUAAAAAUAAUUGAACACAGAUUGCCUAAUCCUACUGUACCUUCUAGUUUGCGUAGGGUGUGUGUUAUACGUUAUAAAGAAUGGUGCAGCUUUUCCACAGUCUCAUUGCAUGAUUAUGGGAAUGUUCUUAAAGUGCUUAAUUAAGCUAUGACUUUUGUUCCAGGUCCGAUUUACCUGGUGUGUUCUCAUAAUCAUUAACGUGGAUUAGCACUCCACCCUUUUUAACUACUAGAGAAGAGCAGAGGAACCUUCCAUUUUAUUUAGCUAAUACAGCGGUACCUUGGGUUACAUACGUUUCAGGUUACAUACACUUCAGGUUACAGACUCCGCUAACCCAGAAAUAGUACCUCAGGUUAAGAACUUUGCUUCAGGAUGAGAACAGAAAUCGUGCUCUGGCGGUGCGGCAGCAGCAGGAGGCCCCAUUAGCUAAAGUGGUGCUUCAGGUUAAGAACAGUUUCAGGUUAAGAACGGACCUCUGGAACAAAUUAAGUACUUAACCCAAGGUACCACUGUAUAGGUUUCUAUCAACCUGCCACUUUCAAUCCUAUAUAGUUAUCUCAGUUUUACCCACACGGCAGCCUUUUUCGAGGGCAGGUUAGGUUGAGACAAUUAAUGGAAGGUAACUCUGGUAACUGUGAUCCAAACCCCACUUUCUUUGGAGUAAGCCCCACUGAAUGCAGUCAGAAGAAUUGACAUGUACAGGCAUCAGUUCUCCAGAUUUCUGUUGGACAUUCCCAGCCGUACUUCCUGUUCCUGGGAAGUGAACCUGGGACCUUCUGCAUGCUGGACAGAAGCCACACCACCGAGAUACAGCCUCUCCCCACAACUUCCACAUGUGGAAGUUGGUUUUGUUUUGUGAAGGGUUUUUAUUUGUCUCACCUCCUGUUUCUCUCUAGCUUUUCAUCGCUAUAUUGCCUGCUGUCCUGAAGCGAAAUAUGCUCUUUUGCUUACAUUGCAGCCUUAUUGUGCGCUAACAAAAUAAAAAAAAUCCUUCCAGUAGCACCUUAGAGACCAACUAAGUUAGUUAUUAGUAUGAGCUUUCGUGUGCAUGCACACGUCUUCAGAUAUGCUGAAACAGAAGUCACACGGUGGAUAAUCCUACUGGCCAGAUGGUGUGGCGCGUAUAAGGAGAGAGCUCUUGCUGCAGGACAGAGAUAAUCUGUAGGUUGUCACUUGUGAAUCAUCCAAUGGGAAUGCCGACUCCCAGACUGACUUUUAAGCAAACGAUAAAGCCUGAUAGAAUGAAUCAAUUAAGACAUCGAACCAUGUUGCCUGGAGAUAUUGAGGCACCACCUGGAGAGUCCAUGACUUUGGAGCAAAUAACCUGAUCCAUGUGUUCCAACUGCUAGGUGAGGAAGGCCACUGGAAAGCUAAACUGUACGACGGCCAUUCUGUGUGAUAAGCUCUUUGUGGGUGCCUGUGCAUCAUGUAUUUGGCAGUUUUCAUCAACCAAACUAUCAAAGAUGGACGGGUAAGGGCAGUUCAGGUGGUACCUGAGUAAUGUAAGGGUCACAACAGUGUGUGCUGCUUUAGCACUUUUCUGGGAAGGUGGAAGAUCUGACUUAAUUUCCCAUGUGCAGGGAAUCCUUUUUUCUUUUCUUUUUUUAACAUGUUGGAGCAUUUCAUCAUGCAGCUGUCCUACUGUAUUCUGGAAUAGUAUAGUCCAGGAAGGACUGUAUCAUGUGCUAUUACUGCACAUUUGAAUUGGUACCAGGUGUGGAUUCUGUUUUCGAACACUUGGGCUUUCUAAAAGAAGCCUAACUUAGCACUUUAGACAGCAUGAAGACAAGACACAGUGAGAAUGUGUAUUUACUGCUUCUCUCUAGAUAGAAAAUUCUGAUGGCCUUUUUUUCACUGUGCAGUGUUUUUAAAAAGAGGUAGAAAAUGAAAAUUGGCCACUUGCUUCCAUUACUAAGUGAUGAAUAAACUUGUCUGAUUUAGCUGCCUAGGUAGUUAAUGUACUUUACUCACCCAUUGCUUACUUGGAGAAGAACUUCAAUGCACAGUCUAAGAGCUCAGUUGCUGUCAGCACAUUUUGCAAUGAGAAAAUACAAAAGAGACCUUUCUGCAAGGUGACUUCAGUAUGGAUUUGCUAGGUAUUAAAUCAAAGUCCCUCUGCCCUGAAUCAUAUGGGUCAGUGGGCUGCUUUAGUAAAGGCCUGGCAAUUUCUAUAGCCUAUUCUCACAAGGCUGCGAUGUAGCCAGUGCUCCAUCUGGCUGCCUCUGGCUUUUCCAGUCUGGUAGAUAAAACACCUUAUUUGCAUUGCUGUAAAGUAGUGUAACAGAACAAUUGGCAGCCCAUCUUCCAAAUUCUUAGAAGUAUUUUUAAACACCACAUUCUAGUGACAGCCUUCUCUUGGAACGGAAAGUAUGUGUGGCGCUGCUCAAGAUCUUUUGUUUGCUGGCUGGUGGAAAGGGGAAUUUUAAAAUAGAAAAGGAAUUUGGUUCUUGUAUUGCCUUUCUGAUUUAAGAUAGGAGGUUCUGUAUUCUUGCAAGUGGUAAACAUUACAGUGCAGGAAUGGGGAACCUCAGGCUUCAAGGGCAAAUGUGGCCCUCCAGGCCUCACUAUGUGGCCCUUGGGACUUUUCCAAGGCCAUAUCCCCUUUUUCUGGCCCACAACACUCACUGGUCCUGUUCUGCCACCUCCUCAAGUUCCUUGAACUGUGAUUAUGCCUCUUUCUUGCCUGAGUGGAUAAUAUAAUGUGUGCGAAUGGAAGUAAGAGAGAGAAACUCUGAUUUUUGUCUUGCUGGAAUGUACCCUGCUGUGCAGAGGUGUCACAUCUGUUAUUCCUACCUACUUUUUGCCCCUGGCCCUGCCUAUCCCUGGCAUGCGGCCCCCAGAAGAUUGCCCACCCACUAACAUGGCCCUCAAGCUGGAAAAUAGUCGCUAACCUUGCUAUGUAUUGUGAUAAGAAAGACAUUGCUUAGUUCUUGGAUGACUUCGUGGGUCAAUUGUAUAUUUUUUAAGGGCCCUUUAACAUUUUUACAUGGGCACACUUCUUUUUUGCCUUUCACAUGGCAAUACAUUGCUGCUUCUAAUUAAAAUGCAGUUUGUUUAUUUACAUCAUUCAUAACCUGCUCUUCAUUUUUGACACAAUCCCAGAGCGGGGAGCAACAUUAGAAUUCAAUAAAACAACAGAUACAGCUGAAAGAAAAAAGCAGACAGUACGGUAGCGCACAGAUGCCUCAAUCUAGGCAAGGGGCAUCCCUUCACGAUGACAAGCAGGUCUUUGCAAAAGCACAGCAGUUGCACCUGCCAAAGAGGCAGGAUUGGGCCUCAGCUUCUUGCCCUCUCUACACCCUGGUGGCAAAUGUGUGUUCACCGCCAUGUAGUGUCAUGGGUGAAGCAGGUUGUAUUCCGAGAGACUCUCUUUUCAUCUCUGCAUCAGGGAUGGUGGCCUUCCAGAUCUUCUUGGGUUCCCAUCAUUCCUGAUCAUUGGCCAUGCUGGCUAGGGGUGAUGGGGAAGAUGAGAGUCCAGCAGCAUCUGGAGAGCCAAUGGUCCUCCAGCUCUUCUUUUACGAACUAAAGUUUUUACUACUGCGUUUUAAUGUAACCUGCCUUGGGACCUUAGGGACCGGUGAAUAAAAACAAUGAAACCAAAACAUGGUUAAUUUCAAUGGGACCUGAGCAGACACAAGCACAUUCUGCAGAUCUGGUUGGCAGAUCAAAUUAUUAUUUUGAAUGUUCUUACCAGCUCCGUUCCAUACCAGAAGCUCUCAUUGUCCUUUCCGUCGCUUUGUGGAGAGUGCUAAAGGCUAGUGUGUUCAGAAAAUGGAGAGGAGGUUUUUUUACACAAACAAAGGAGCUGCACUUGAUACAGAGCUGUAAUUUUGUCUGAAUAAUUAAGGCCCUGUGAAGCUGAGCGUUUAAAGUUAUCCAAGCAGAGGAAACCCCCUUGGAAACAGUGUGUUUAAGAACCUUUUAGUGUAAUAAGCUGAUUGUCAGGAUCCAUCCUUUGGGCUCUGGGGACCUGACACCUGAUCCAGCCGUCUCCAGUCAUUGCCCGACUCUUGGGAGGGUGAAUGACAAGCAGCUAUGAGAUUGUUUUACAGGCUUGGAGUUCAGGGAGUAAUUUAUACACCGGCAGGACUCUCUGGCUCUUUGUGAAGCUGAACUACUAGGGCUAGAUUUCAGACAGGAGGGACUUGUUGUCUUGCAAGUAACCCCUCCGUUUCUUAUCGGGAGUCCAUCGGAAAGCAGGGACAGCUGUCCUGAAUUUUGAUUGCCUCCAUGACCAUAUCAGGGACUUGUUUAUGAGGUCAGUAAAAUGCAUCCAAGCCAAACAUGACAGUUAAAUCAAAGCUUAAGACCCCUGCCGGGAGUGACAACAUGGCCAAGAAAUGCUGACCUUUGCCAUGGCGCACUCAGUCCUGGAAGCCUUUGGAGCAGGUACUUAAGAAGUACUGUGUCUCAAUUAGAUGGGCCUGAAGCAUGGCCACCCUCCAUCCCCAAAAGCUGAGGCAGGUGCGUAAAAGCCAUACUGAAACAUGACAAAACUGCAGAAGUAGAAUUGGGACUCUAGCCUGGGUUGGUGGCAUAGAUAUUCCUCAGCUAUUCCUUCUGGAGUUAAGCUAGCCAGCGGCAUGCUUCAUUCAUUGCCUGCCUGACCUGCACUUGUGGCCUAUAAAUCUUUAGAGAGAAAUUACUUCUAGAAGCAAGCGAUUGCUCAACCCAGCUUUCUACGCCAGUUAUAUAUCAACAGUACUCUUUUUUUCAUCCCUUGGGGGACGCUCACCUCUACACAGUUCCAUCUUUAUUUCAGACAUUGUGAUACGCUGAUAUAUCACAAUGUUUAGCUGGUGGUAUUGAGGGCGCUGCUACCCACUCCUGCUCCCUUGGGCAUAACAGUUAUUUUAAUAUUCUCUCAUGUAACUUUCUAGCUUGUAUAUGAUGCUUGCCAUGCAGUGGCUGGUGCCUGGCAGCCAUUGUGUGUGUGUGUGUGUGUGUGAGAGAGAGAGAGAGAGAGCACAAGAGAGAGAGAGAGCGCUCACUACUGUGGUGAUGUUGUGUUGAAACUUUUAACACCAUUGCUGGGUACUCCUUACAAAAGCUGGUGGUAUGUCGACAUGAAAGCUUUCCACCAAAUGAUGGUAUUUAUUUGUUUAUUUCAUAACAUUUAUGUACCACUUGAUUGUAGUAAAUAACCUCAAAGCGACUUGCAGACAUUCCAGAUGCUAACCUCAUCUUGGCCAUAAUGACCAUGGCAUGGAGUAGCCAACAUACCAAGGCUGUUGCGAUUAGAGACAGGUCUAGCGCAGGCCUCAGAUAAGAAGAGUUUUUGGUGCGCACGCAAAGGAAGCUGUUACAGAAGCUUAAAUGUUAAGGAGCUUGCAUUGUUUCAUACCAACAAAGCUCUCUCUGUGUGUAUCUAUUUGGCUGCUUCUGCUCUUGCUUUUGGGCGGCGUCUAUAGUACAACAAAGGACAGGUGUCAAUGCAGCAACUGGGGGAGAUCUGGAGAGUUGGGAGUGCCAUGAAAUAAUGCUCAGAACAAGAACACCUGAGGAGCAGCUAGCCAGGAGGUCAGGAUGGCCUUACUUGGGAACCCUAUAAGGCCACGACCUUCUGGGAUUUGUUUUAGUCAUAAUACCAAAUGUAGCACCUAUUUCCUCAAACCCAGUGAAUGGGAAACGAAAACAGCUACUUGAAGUCUCCUUAACAUAAAGAUUACGUCCAGAGAAUGAAAGAUUGAUAGCCACAGGCUCAGAUUUCCUGUCAGGAGGACAGAGUGACUUGACAUACUCAGGAGGGCAUUCAUUUCAGGGUUCAUGUAUUAUUGAUCCAGCUGGUGAUGGGACAUGAGAUGAUGGAGGAAAAGAUGCUCAUACUAAAACUUGGUCCACUCUUCUCCUGGUGUGGGGUACGUGUGAAAAUAUGAUGCGAUCACAGUUGUAAACAGUGAAUUGGUGUAGCAGGAGUAGACUCAGGCAAAUAUGUCGUAAAUGUCAGGAUAUAUUCAUGCCCAGUUCAGAUUACAACAGGCAGGUGUGUUGAAAUACAUAAUGAGGAAAAAACAGUCAAUGGCAGAAUAUGUCAAAUGAAAAUAAUUGCGUACUCUUCCCAUCUUUGAUUUAAAUAAAGGUUCUCUUUUGGAAAUUCAUGUUGUUAUCAUUAAUUUAUCUGUCACUUACAUGCCAGAGUGACUUGUAAGCAGUUUCCAACUAUGAAAUCAAUUAUAAAAUACAUACAUAAUUAAAAUACACAACAAAACAACAAUCAUGUCCUUCCUGAACAGGCAUAUGUAGUAACCGGUUGCUAUAACAAUGGAAACAUGUCAGUUAGCAACUAAAUAAAGCCUUUACAGGGAAUCCACCGGUGAGCAUGAUCCAAACUCUUGGUCAUUCAGUUCAUGUGCAACUGCUGAAUUAUAUCUCCUUACAGACGGUGGACUUUUGUUUGUUUGUUUAGUGCUCUCUGUUCACCUGCAAGGAAACUAAGGCUGCACAAUUCCUUUCAAGCUAAAGAACAACACCAAGGAUAAGGGCAGGAAAUGCCCCCUGGCACCGUAGGGGCACCAGGUUAUUUCUGCUCCUGACGGAAGACUUGAAUGUGAUUUUUAUUGUGAUAAACUUUUGCAAGUCUCUUUGAGAAAUACAGUGGUAGCUACGCCAGUGUCACCCAGAUAUGUUGAACUCCAACUUCCAUCAGCCCCAGCCAGCAUGGCCAAUGGGCAGGGAUGAUGGGAGUUGCAGUCUAGCUGGAAGACAUGAGCAGGAUUUAAGUAUUCUAUGUAAGUAAGUAAGUAAAAAAAAAUAUAGUUGUCUGCUUCCUGUUCUGUUUUUGAUCUUCUACUCCCAGUCUUACAGAUAUCUAUUCUGAUCCACAGUAGUUCCUGGGGGGGGGGGGACUUUUUAACUGCUUGCAUAUCUUGGGGUCUUCGAAGCAGAGUAAAUAAUUUUCCUUGGGCCACAUCUGUGCUAAAACAGAGGGUUUUGAUGUCCUGUGAUAUGGAAUAGAUAUGGCCUCUGGCGGUGGCUGGAGUUGAUGAACCUGAGCCGUGCUGAGUGACGGCUCCUGCAGCCUUUCAAAGUUCCUCUGUAUUAAUAAGAGAAAUUGUCAUGGCUUCCUUUUGUAAAGCAACUCAAAAGGGUAUCUUUGGAACGUUCACUCUCCACCUUUACAGCUGGCAUUGUGUGUUAAGGUUCUCUGUUACUAAGUCUGAUUACAAAGGACGCUUGUAAUGAGCAUUGGCAGCACAAUACUGGGAAGCUUGGAUCUAGUCAGGACCAAAUAAUUAAUCCCUGUUUAAUGCUGUGCUAGAUAUCUUGCAGGCUGAGCAGUAUCUUCCUUAGAAAUAGGCAUCUGAUAUGAGUGUACAAAUCUACAGAACAUACUAGAGAAGUAAGCUCCUAAGGUCACAGUUCUGGGCAUUACAUUUGACAUUUGCCUGUAGGGCAAAUAUUUUAAGUUGUUACAUGUAAGUCUGUCUCCUGAAAACAAAGAGAGGAACUGCAUCCUUAAAAGCAGUGGGAGGCAGAGGGAUGAGGAAUUUCUUGAAAGGUGAUGCUCCCAGCCUUUGCAGGAAAAUGUUUCGCUUGGUUGAGGCAGCACUCCUCUUAAAACUCACCCCCACAAGCAAUAUAUUUACACACACAAUGAUGUCCCCAGGGCCAUUGAAUGGCUAAUUCUACUCAAGCACACUAGCAGUUGCGGCAUCGCAGAGAGAAACACAAAAGACGGAGCAGGGAAAGGAUGAGGGAAACCAAGGACUCGCCAGCUGCAAAGUGCCUACUACUACAACAGUAUGGGCUGUUGAGCUUGGGGGUUUUUUUGGGGGGGUGGUGGAAAGAAGCAGGUUCACUUUUGGUCUGUGCAGGUGUAAGAGACCAAUGUCUUAGGAAAGUGGAGACUUACUGCAGGCUUCUGUGAAGCACAACUUCUCCAGCUCUAUUUCCAGCAAACUGGGUCCAAGAGCAUUGUACCUGAGGAAUAAGGAAAGCUGUGUCAGCUGUAGAGGCUAGUGGUGCUUCAACUCUCAGCCAAUGUGUCUUGAGUCACACCCAAAGGGGAGAGGAGUAUAGGAAGCUGCCUUCCACCAGUCAGACACUUGGUCUACACCAGGGUUUCCCAAACUUGGGUCUCCAGCGGUUUUUGGACUACACCUCACAUCAUCCCUAGCUAGCAGGACCAGUGGUCACGGAUGAUGGGAAUUGUAGUCCAAAAACAGCUGGAGACCCAAGUUUGGGAAACCCUGAUCUACACAGACAAUAGCUCUCCAGGCUUUCAGGCAGGCAGGAGUCUUUCCACAGUCCUCCUUGGAGAUGCUGAGACCUUUUACAUGCCAAGCAUGUUCUCUUCCACUGAGCUAUGGCCCUUCUCAAACAGCAUUGUGGGCUGUGACUGUGAGAGAGAGCCAGAAGAAGCUGUGUAUGAUAAAGUAAACCAGUGUGUGUUCACUUAUGCACACAGCCAGAAGGGGGAAGUCCAGCUGUUAGGAGCAAGCAGUGACAAUGCCUUUUAAGGUAUUGUCACACACAGGCUUACAUAGUUUUCCCUUUGCAUCAGGCUGUAUGAGUAAUGAAAAAUCUGCAUUGGUAAAAGUAUAUAUUUGAUUACUUUGCUGCUUUGUGUGGUGAAAUGCUUGUUUUGGAGUGCUUUGCAUGGCCAAUAAGAUCAGCAAGGGUACAUAGAAGGAGAUAAUCAUGUAGGGAUUUAGCAUGAGCUAGCAAGGGUAGCCAAUGUGGUGCCCUCCAAAUGUUAGGAGACAACCCCUAUAUUCCCUGCCCCAUAGCCAUGCUGGCUGGGGCUGAUGGGAUUUGAAGUUCAGCAGCAUUUGGAGGGCACCAUGUUGGCUUUCCCUGAGUUAGUUUCAUAGGUUAAAAUGAAUACUAACGUAUUACAUUAGUAUUUAGGAGGCAGUUGAGAGCCACCUUUAGAUCCUGGAGCAAUUGACUCCUCAGGAGGUGCCUCAUCCAAAGGCACUCCUCUGCAAUCUGUACCAUUUGUAGCCCCAGGUAGAUUCUAAGAUCAGCGCUGCAGAUCAGUGCUGUGCGUUCAUCUAUCUUGUAUUGGCUAAACAUCACACAAGUUAAUCUGUACCAAAGGUUUGCAGCCUUCUUUCCCAGCUGCUGCCAUAACUGGAAGAUUCAGCUAGGACAGGCUGUGACUGGCGAGAUCAGAGUGAACAAGUACCAUCAGUGAGACAUCAUUUCCCAAGACUUGCAUGGGCAGAGCCUGCAAACUGCCAUUACUUUGGUUUUGUUUGGAUUUUGCAUCAGUUGCCAAUACAUCCAGGUACCAUAUAAUCAUGGAAGACUGCAAGAUCAGCGUCAACUUCUCCAAAGUGGUCCCACAAAAAGUUGCCUAUGUUGUAUUUGACUCCUGAAAAAUCUAAUUAAGAGGUAGGGAACCUUUUUGGCUUCAAGAGUCAGAUAGCCACAGCCAAUGUAGAAUUGAACCCUGCCCUCCUGUCCAUCAGCUGACGGACAGGUGGGCAUGGUUUAGAGAAAAUGGCCUUGCAGGCCAGAUUGGAUUCCUGUGGGCCAGAGGUUCCCCAGCUCUAAUCUAAUAGGAUCAACAGGUUUCAGUUCCACCAUGCUGAUCUUGAAGCAUAGAUGGUGAAUCAUGGUAACAAAUGCAGUAGCCUGGUGCAGAAAUACACCUUGCUUUUCAAAUCACGACAACUUCAAGAAAGCACAUGCUAAUGAAAUUCUCUCUUAACCAGGGUUUGCCAACCUGAUUCAAAUGCCAGUUAUGAUGCAAAUGUGGUAGGCUUUAGCCCAAUUUGGUGCAGAUGUAGCACUAAACCACAGUUAAGUUUGAUUAGGGAAGGGAGGGGCAAUGCAUGCUGGAGAGGAGUAGAGGGAGGGUGCAUUCCUGAAGCCAGCUGCUGAUUUGUACACCAUGGUUAGCAGAGAACCAGCAUUGUGGGUCCAGUACACAAGUUGCGGUAAACCAAAGUAUAACUUACUGGCACAGCGUUGGUGCCUAAAGAGGUUCUCACGCUGAAGCUAGGUGGUUUAAGCAGUAAUGCUAUAAAGGUGUAUGUAAAAAAGGAUUGAUAGUAGAUGAAAAUUUAAAGUUAUAGUAUAUUAAGUUAAAGGAUCAUGAGAAAACAAAGAGGGAAAGAAAUUGCUGACUUAACUAAUUGAACUGGAAUACAAAAAAGGGAGGUAUGAGGAGGUCAGGGAAACAAGGAUAUGAAUGUAAGCUAUGGAAAGAUUGAUCCAUUUUUUUUUCUUUUUAAGUGUCUUUUAUUCUUUUAUUCUGUAUUUUGUAUUUUGUUUUUUUCUUGUAUUUUUACUUUUUGUUUUUCUGCAAUUCUUUUUUUCUCUGAAAUUUUAAUAAAUAUCAUUUAAAAAAAUAAAUAAAGAGGUUCUCACGCCCACUGUGCUUCCUCCUUUUUUAACUGUGCAAAACUGCAGCUAAGUCAAACUGGGGUUCAUGCUUAAGGUCUCUUCUCCUUAGUCACGACAAAAUCUUUGGGUUAAGGAGGAAGAAGAGUUUGGAUUUGAUAUCCCGCUUUAUCACUACCUGAAGGAGUCACAAAGUGGCUAACUAUCUCCUUUCCCUUCCUCCCCCACAACAAACACUCUGAGAGGUGAGUGAGGCUGAGAGCCCAAGGUCACCCAGCAGCUGCAUGUGGAGGAGCGGGGAAGCGAACCCAGUUCACCAGAUUACGAGUCCACCAUUCUUAACCACUACACCACGCUGGCUCUCAGGAGGGGAGACUUGUGUGACCCUUGGCUUGGAGGACACACAAGUCAGACCUUGGCUUAGUAGCUGCGCAACUCUGAGCUAAAAAUUCUGGGAAGGAGUGAAGUGAGCAUGCUUGCUUGUUUGGGAGCCUCCAUGCUAAGUAGUAGUUUGGCUUAGCAUUAUGUGAAAAUUUGGCCUCUGCCAGGUCAGAGAAUCAGAUGUUUUCCAGGGCUUCCUUGUUUACUCAGUUAGUUCAAUUGUUCUAAUUACACAGUGAUGCUAAUGAGCCUUUAAUUCCUACUUAGCUAGUUUAUCUUUUACUAUCACUUGUUCUCACAGGGAAAUGCAUGGCCUGUAAAAUGCAAUUCCUGUCAGCCAGCUCACCUAGAGCUGUUGUAUCCAUGUUUGGUGAGCAGGAUGAAAGGGUUUGGCAGAUGACAUCAUCUUCAACCAAAGUAACUCAAAUCCUUCCUGCCGUCCAUAAAGGUGACAUUAUCUGUUGUUGUCGGCAACACACAACCCAACAGGUUUUUCAUUUGGCAAGCACCUGCGGCCUUGCCAAGAACUUUGCUGGCUUCUCUUCUCUCGGGUUCAUAGCAUAUUAUCCUUCUAGGGUCGACAUAGGACAGGCAGAGGGCGAAUGCCAGAGCAGCUCCAGUUCCGAUUCCUAUAAAUGUCUGGCUGGCUGUUUGCUUGGCAGCUCACUGGUUGGGGGGGUGUAUCACAUGUUUCUGGUUGGGGCAUCUAAAGCAAAACAUCGUCAUUGCAAGAGCAAAAACAGUGCUGCCUCUGCCCAUCAUCACCCCUAAUCCCAGCAGGCUCCUUUCCCUCUGCCCUGUGUAUACAUCAGGAUACACUGUAUAUUUAAUAAACUGUCACCUGAGCCCACCCUGCCUUUGCAAGCCAAACUAUCUGCUAAAUUUGGGAUAUUAUGUUCGCUCAAGCCAAGUAUCAAGUUCUUUCGAUCACAUGCGCUCCCUCCCAGCCGGUAUUUAACUCUGAAACUUCUGUGAGAGUUAAUACUUCACCACACAGUCGAUCAGAGCAACUGAAAUCUUUCUUCUUUUUAAAAAAAAACUGUACUAGUUCUUUCUCCUUUUUCUUUUUCCUUUACCUUGUUUUGAAGAGUGGAAUAAAGUUUGGGUUUCCCUUUUCAGAUCCUGAUCAAUAUGUUUCUGAUUCUUUUAGCCACAACAGAAUUAAAGGAUUUUUUUGCCAAGGCCCGGAACGGUUCAGUCCGCCUCAUCAAAAUCGUCAUCGAGGAUGGUAAGUUUUACAUUGAUUUUGUGUUGUUGUCUUUUGGUGUCAGCUUCUUCAGUUGUGUACCAGUGGUAGAAAAGCUGGAUACAAAAUUAACAAAUAAAUAUUUCUUCACUUCAUUAAUCUGGCUGCCACCAGUCAACUUGGGCAGGGUGGGUGGCUGGCCUAGAGCUACCCAGAGGAAGAUUCUAGUGGAAGCUUCUGGAAUGCAUCCACUAGAAGAAUCCACUCAAGAAUCCACACAACUUUAAUUUUAAAAGAACAGUAGGUUUUAUCCUUAUUUGGGGGUUUUUUGGUUGCCAGUGAAGCUUCCUUUGGGACAUACUGUGAACCCCUUCAUAUUUUGAACAACUUUUCCCAUGAGGGUGCUUGCUGAUAUUUUUGUGAAGCAACAGACCAGAGUCCCAUUAGAUGGAAUAAGAUACUUGCUGUCUGGCCAAAGUGAGGUGGCCGUGUAGACUGUUCUGUUCACGGGGCCAUUUUCUGGGUGCUUUCAAAAUCUGUCUCCUGUGCAAUGUAAAUAAAAGGUUGUAGUCAAUGUUAGCCAUUGGAGUGUCUGAUAUGGUGGCAGUUGAAAACUUGUCUAACCAAAGAAGCACGGGAUAGAAUCUAAUGGGUGCCCUUGUGGUAGUGAAAAGGAUUUUGAUCCACUUAUAGAAGAGGACAGGAAGCAAGUUGCACUGAUCCCUCUUCCCCUGCUCCUAUUGUUCCUGAAAGCCAACUCAAGAAAGUUGAGGGACCCUCCAGAACAGGGUGGGAGAAGUCUGGGAGUUGGUGGGCUGCAGAGGGAAAGGAAGAUUGGCAAAAAUUGUUUCCCCUGUUCUUCCAUUAGGUGACUCCUCCAAUAGAUUCCAGCCUAAUUCUCUAGUAAUGACUACAGGUGCUUCUGUUUUGCAUGGCUGCUAUGGAACAACUCUCAGCCAGUAGAUAACUGAACCACUUACAGAUUAAUCCCCAUCUAGUGUGUAGGCUUCUCCUGUGAAACUCCUUCUUUCUUUAACCCAUAGUUGGGGAACCUCUGACCCUACAGAUGAUGCUCGACUACAUCAACCGUCAUCCCUGAUAGGCUGCAUCCACAUCGUAGUUUAUUCUGUUCCCUCAGUGUUUCCCUAACUGGUAAAUUCCACAUUGUAUUUGACACAGAUAUGAAAUAGAAGUCACUUCUGGAAAUCUAAGGGAAUGUAGGGGAAGUUCAGCACUCUUUUCCAUGUUAAUUGCUUUCAGAAAAAAAUCUGUUUGCAUUAACUCAGAACACUGCAGGAGUGAAGUGAUGAAAUUUGGGGCAGCAUACCAGCAUACGGUUCCUUCCUGCUCUUUUCAUGAGGGAAUAGAAGCAUGCCUGAGUGGAAAGGAUGGGUGAAUAGUAAUGUCCAGUCAUUCUUGUUGUGUCACACCACGCUCACUGGUGCGAAUGAAAUUUAGCACGACAGGCCAGUAUAUUGGCCAAAAGCUAUAAUUCUAUAAUGCAACAGGUACUGCAGUAUGAAAGGAACCUUAGAAAAUGAGACAGAAGCACUAGCAUUAUAAUCAGAUAGACCAGGGGUCAGCAAACUUUUUCAGCAGGGGGCCGGUCCACUGUCCCUCAGACCUUGUGGGGGGCCGGACUAUAUUUUGGGGAAAAAAUAAAUGAACAAAUUCCUAUGCCCCAGAGAUGUGUUUUAAAUAAAAGCACAUAUUCUACUCCUGUAAAAACACCAGUCAGGCUCCACAAAUAACCCAGAGAUGCAUUUUAAAUAAGAGGACACAUUCUACUCCUAUAAAAACACCAGUCAGGCUCCACAAAUAACCCAGAGAUGCAUUUUAAAUAAAAGCGCACAUUCUACUCAUGUAAAAACAUGCUGAUUCCUGGACCAUCUGCGGGCUGGAUUUAGAAGGCGAUUGGGCCGGAUCUGGCCCCCGGGCCUUAGUUUGCCUACCCAUGAGAUAGACCAAUAUAAUAUUCCCCACAUGCAUGCACCAAUAAUUGGCUAUGCUAGUGGAGGCUGAUGGGAGUUUGAGUCCAACAGCGGUUGGAGGGCCUAAAGGUCAGGGCUGCUGAAGUCUUACGAAACUCCGCAUCCUUUGUGCUGUCUCUCUUGGAAAGAUAGCUCAGAAUCAGUCUCCAAAUAUUUCCCUUUUAGAAGCUAGUUUUUGGAUUGGCUUACUAAAAUGCAAGCAUGUCAAGGACAAGGCUACACUAAAGUCUUUCUCCGUGACUUACUAGUGUACUGUAUGGAGGUAAUAUUUUGACUGAAGAAGCAUUAAUUUAUAUGAACUUGCAGCUUCAAGUGGGAUGGUCCACAUACAAGUUUUAUCCCUCAUUGAGAAAUAGCUUUUGUUUUUCCCAGCAAGUGAUGUGUGCACCUUCUUGCUUACUCGAUAUCAGUUACAUUCCAAUGGGAAGGCAUUCCCUUCUCUGCUCUCACUGUUUUCUACUCCUCUUUUUCCUACCGCUACCCACCAGCUGUUUCUUCCAAUUUAGUUUUAUUAUCUCCAUGAUUCUCACGUGCUGGUGACUCUCAUCAGCUGAUGAGAAUCGGGAUGGUGAGAUUAGUGCAUGAAUAUGGACUGGUCAGGGGUUUUCCAGGCAAGAAGCUUAGUUAUGUCUAAGGUAAAAGGUAAAGGACCCCUGGAUGGUUAAGUCCAGUCAAAGGCAACUAUGGGGUUGUGGCGCUCAUCUCGCUUUCAGGCCGAGGGAACCGGCGUUUGUCCACAGACAGCUUUCUGGGUCAUGUGGCCAGCAUGACUAAACUGCUUCUGGUGCAACGGAACUUCGUGACAGAAACCAGAGCGCACGGAAACGCUGUUUACCUUCCCACCACAGCAGUACCUAUUUAUCUACUCACACUGGCAUGCUUUCAAACUGCUAGGUUGGUAGAAGCAACGGGAGCUCACUCCAUCACAGGGAUUCGAACCACCAACCUUCUGAUUGGCAAGCCCAAGAGGCUCAGUGGUUUAGACCACAGUGCCACCCGCAUCCCUAGUUGUGUCUACAGCUAAAUAAAUACCCAUGAUCCAAAUAUCUGAAUUGUUAGAUGGCUCCCAUGAAAAUAUGUACCACUAAUGUAGCCAACUAAUUGACUUUGGUAGUCUCCAAAUCUACUUGAGCUUAUCCAGCAGUUCAGGAAAGAUGGAGAUCUUGUGGUUAGUCAAAAGUUAAUAGCAUUUCAUUGCUGCUCCCACUUGAGUCACUGGCCUUGGGAAGGUAAUCUGAAGUCUGCUUCUGCUUCUAGAAUUUUCCAGAAGAGGACUCUGGAACUUGUGGUUGAUUACUUUGUGUGGAAAAACUCUGUGAUGCUUCAAUUUCAUGAUCUUUAGAAACAUUAUGCCUCCUAAGCAGCUUACUAGGAUGAUCCUUGCAUGUGUGUAUGUCUAUAUGUCUAUGUAUCUGUCUGUCUAUUUAUCUAACAAACAUUAUUCUGUAUAUGAGAAACAUUCCCUCUCUUUCCUCCCAGCAUAGGUGAUUCAGUGUUAGGCUUUUUAGAACCAGUGAAUACUCAUGGAUGGAUGCGGCAUAGGAAUCCGCACACUUAGUCAUGGCUGACUUGAGGUAUAUUUAUAUAUGUGACGCGUUGCUGUAAAACUUGAGGGAGGCCUGCAUAAAAGGAAUUUUCCUCUUGAGUCUUUCCGUCUUCUAUAUUUGGUGAAGAGCAAUUGCCAGGGGCACCAAGGAUGUCUCAGUGGGAGAGAGGAGAUUAAAAUUUAGAUCAUUAACUUUGUUUCAGAGAUUCUGUACUCUGUAGUAGUGAGGAAAGAGGAAGAUACUCCUCUUGUUGAAGGUUUUUUAAAGCAAACUUUUUUUUCAGCCUGGGAAGGGGAGGGGGUCGAAUUAUUUUACGGAGAACCUUCCUGGAGACCUCAUACGGGUGGUAGGCAGCGCCAGAUGCAAAAGUAGGGAGAACAGCAGUUGUGACUCUUCCUUUUGUGUAGUUUCGCUAUAUCCCAGCCACACAGUCCAGAGGUUUCUGCCUACACACACCUCUCUACCAUCCAGGUGAAGAAGAAGCAUCAUCACAGUUCAGACACAUUCCGGCCACACUAUUCUUUCAUUAUGUGGGGGGUGCAUUGAAAUCCCCGUCUUCUGCACUAUCCAUGACAGCAGGAUUCUUUUCGUGCAAAAUAGUCUGGCCCAACUGACGAGAACAUUUUCUACAGUGUACUUGUAAGAGCAGGAACUUUCUUGUUUACCGACUCAUGCCAGAUUUUUAUUUUUAUUUUACUUGAAGCUUUCUCCUUUGCUGCCGCCUGCUCUCUUCUCAUUCCUCGGGCCUCCUGUUGCUCAAUAUGGCAGUGCUUCUUGACUCAUUGCCUAAGCCACAUAAGACUUUUUGAUGCUUUUCUUGUCCUCGCUGCUGAUGCUGCUUUUUUCUUCUUCUUCUCAUUUUGAUGCAACUGCUUCUAAUGAUGGGAUCUCCGGGUUUUGGAAAGCAACUUGAAAAUGGCCUGAUGUGCAUUAAGAGUAUUAUGGAUGGCCCCUGAAAUGCAGCACUGCAAAAAUAAUGUUUUUGGAAAUAAUUUACAUUUCCUCUCAGUGUGUGUGUGUGAACAUCCAAAGGUACUUUAGCAGAGCAGAAAAGCAGAUGUACUAGUAACAAGAGAAGGAGCUCUGAAAGAAUGGUUUGCAUGAAAUGAGGUUUUAAUGGCUGCUGGUGUGUGUGUGUGUGUGAUCACAUUUUUUCCAUUUCUAGAAUGGAAAGCCCCAGUCUUUAUGGCCUUUCUAUGACUCGGCUUGAAGGAAGGGUUGAUCUUUUGGGCAUCUUUCUAAAUGGCAGUGCAAUGAUCUCCUUAAAAGGAACCACAGAUUUCACAAUUCUCUUUGGUCAUUUCAAAUGUGUUUAUAGCUUGUCAGUUUCUUAUGGAAGACACCACUUGUGAAAUAAAUGGUUUUAAAGCUUUCAUUUUCAGCACUUAAAAAAAAAAAAGAUAAUGAGCUUCUGUGAUGCCCACAAAGUUGAGUGUGAAAUCUACUGUCCCCACUCUCUGUCCAUGUUGUUUGGCAUGGCCAGUCCCCCAGCAGAUUUGCUCCUGGGCUCCUUGCAUUCAGGAAUUCCGUCCAGCAAUAGCUUUUUGCCACAGAGAUACAGUAAAGGUCACAGGAACGUGAGAAGCUCCUGUAAACCAACUGGGCUGCCCAGCUCAACACCAACUGACAGUGGCUUGUCAGGGUUUCCUGAAGAAGCUUUUCCCAGCCCUGCCUGGAGACACAAGGGAUUGAACAUGAACCCUUUUUUGGGGAAAUCUUUUUAGGGACACUUAGGCAGCUCUCAAAAAGUGUCUGUGUGAACAGCACUUACAAUGCUGGGUGGUGUGGUUUUUUUGCCAGAUGACGGUUAAGGAAUACAGUUUAUAUCCUUUACAGUGAACAUCUUUUUGGUAGAGCUUGUAUUCCAGCUGUGUCCUAUGUAGACUUAUUCCAAUGGAAUAGUUUAGCAGUCUUAGUUAUUGCAGACAAACGGAAGUGGCAACCUCUUUACAUGCAGGGAAGUAAAACCCACUGAACCCAGUGAGCCUUAUUUCAGGGAAGACAUGCAAAAUUUUGCACUGUAAGGUACUUAGAAGGCUGUUUGACUUCCUGCCCUUGCUAAUAUCCCACACUCAUGCUAGUGUAAAAUUAUCCUGCUCACUAUCCUAGCAUCGCCUAUCCUGCACUCCAUUUGUGAGGCAGGUUAUUUAUUCUCUAAAUGCAUAAACUAUGAUUGGGUGUAAAAGUUUAGGUUUGCUAAAGAAGCCAACCUUCCCCUUGGCAGACUGAACGAUUCCAAAAUGAAAGGUAUGGCUUUAAGACUCUUCUCCUCCAACCACAGUGCUAAUGCCUUCCAGUUACCUCAGAAACAUCUCUUUUAGGGGGAAAAAAGAAAAGGAAAAAGUAGGAAGCAAUUUAGAGCAAAGAUGGUAAAGAAGAGCAUUUCACGUGUUUCAGGUGCGAAGAACCUUUGGUCCUUCAGAUGUUGCUAUUGCUACUACUGAUUUACUAAACACCUUCUAAAUCACCAUCUCACAUAAGAUAAUUAAAAAACAGUUGAAAACACAAAAGCAGCAAACACUGUUAAAACAAGGCAAAAACAGUAAGAAGUAGACGCUUGUGGUAAAAACCUCAUAAUCCAGCUGGGAAAGCCAAAGUCAGAACAUAAGAAGAAGAAGAAGAGUUUGGAUUUGAUAUCCCGCUUUAUCACUACCCGAAGGAGUCUCAAAGCAGCUAACAUUCUCCUUUCCCCUCCUCCCCCACAACAAACACUCUGUGAGGUGAGUGGGGCUGAGAGCAGCAGCUGCAUGUGGAGGAGCGGAGACACGAACCCGGUUCCCCAGAUUACGAAUCCACCGCUCUGAACCACUACACCACACUGGCUCUCAUAAAUGAAGUAAUAAAUGACUUCAAUUGAUUCCAGAAAGUGCAGACAGCUGGCCGCUGUUAUAUCUCGACAGGGAUGCUAUUCCACAGAAGAGGGGCAGCUGCGCUAAAACCCCUGCUCUGAAUUACUGUGGAGGAGGCUUCUGAGCACUUUGUAACCUGCAGGAGAAAUUUCACCACAGACCAUAGCAAUCUACUGGAUGGAUAAGAGAUAAGACAGUCUCUCACGUAACCUGGUCCAGAGCUAUGUAGGGCCUUAUACCUUGAACUGGGCCUCAUAGCAGAUAGGCAGCCAGUGCAAAUCCUGCAAGCACAGUGUUACAUUGUUUUCUCCCACAAACAACCUACCGUAUUUUUCGCUCCAUAGGACGCACUUUUCCCCCUCCAAAAAUGAAGGGGAAAUGUGUGUGCGUCCUAUGGAGCGAAUGCAGGCUUUCGCUGAAGCCUGGAGAGCGAGAGGCAUCGGUGCGCACCGACCCUCUCGCUCUCCAGGCUUCAGGAAGCUAUCCGCAAGCCUUGCAAGCCCGGUGGGAGUUCCAGCGGGCUCACAAGGCUUGCAGGCAGCAGCCUGCAGCCCCGGCGAGUGUCCGCAGGCCUUGCGCGCCCGGCAGGAGGUCCCGCCGGGCGCGCGAGGCUUGGGGCAGCAGCCUGUCGCCCGAGCACGGGAGCCCUCCGGAGGGCUCCCGUGCUUCGGGCGAGUGUCUGCAAGCCUUGCGCGCCCGGCAGGAGGUCCCGCCCAGCGCGCAAGGCUUGGGGCUGCAGCUUGUCGCCCGAAGCACGGGAGCCCUCCGGAGGGCUCCCGUGCUUGGGCGAGUGUCUGCAAGCCUUGCGCGCCCGGCAGGAGGUCCCGCCCGGCGCGCAAGGCUUGGGGCUGCAGCUUGUCGCCCGAAGCACGGGGAGCCCUCCGGAGGGCUCCCGUGCUUCGGCGAGUGUCUGCAAGCCUUGCGCGCCCGGCAGGAGGUCCCGCCCGGCGCGCAAGGCUUGGGGCUGCAGCUUGUCGCCCGGAGCACGGGGAGCCCUCCGGAGGGCUCUCCGUGCUCGGCGAGUGUCUGCAAGCCUUGCGCGCCCGGCAGGAGGUCCCGCCCGGCGCGCAAGGCUUGGGGCUGCAGCUUGUCGCCCGAAGCACGGGAGCCCUCCGGAGGGCUCCUUGCUUCGGGCGAGUCUGCAAGCCUUGCGCGCCCGGCAGGAGGUCCCGCCCGGCGCGCAGGGCUGGGGCUGCAGCAUGCGCGAAGCACGGGGAGCCCUCCGGAGGGCUCCCGUGCUUCGGGCGAGUGUCUGCAGCCUCGCGCGCCCGGUGGGAGGUCCCGCCGGCGCGCGAGGCUUGGGGAGGCAGCCUGCAGCCCGAAGCACGCGAGGCUUGGGGGCGGCAGCCGCGGGGGAAUAAUUUUUUAUUCAUUUCCCCCAAAACGAGGUGCAUCCUAUGGACCGGUGCGUCCUAUAGAACGAAAAAUACGGUAGUUGCUAUGCUGUGCAUCUGAUCAAGGACCAAGGUAGCCCCACAUACAGUGCAUUGCAGUAAUCCAACUGUGAGGUUACCACGUUUGCUCCCAUCAGUGCAAUUAUGGCUAGUGGCCAGGGAUGAUGAGAGUUGUAGUUCAGCAACAUCUGGCGCUCCAGAGGUUCCCCACACCUGACGUAUAUGGUUUGCUUUUUUACUUGUUGGGUAAAGCAAAUCCAGGAUUUGCUUGGAUCAGAUCAUGCUUGUGACAUGAAGGAUGAGGACUACUGCUUCCUUUCUCCCCUUGUUGGAUAAACCACCCUUCCAUUUUUUGGAUGCAGCGGCUAACAUUUUGUUAAUUAAACCUGGAUGCAAGCGCUGAGGAAGGGGGGGAAGGAGCUUGUGGCCCCCUUGCUUUUCUCCCAGCCACUAAACUGGCUUAUCAAACUGCGAAUUGAGCAUCCAAACCUGCCCACUGUGUGUCCUUCCUUUUCUGCACUUGCAUGCAGAGGUGUGAUUCCUUUCACGUCUCUCAAACCCCUGCCAAAUAGCUUUAUUACUUAACUUGAAUUAUGAGGCCUAAUUUAACUACUAUUCUAGGCAGUGAUGAUAGCAUGUUAGGGGUUUGUGACUGAAAUCCUAGUUGGAACAUGACAGUAGCUAUGCAGAAUGCAACAUGGAAAAGCAAUUUGAAUUUGCCUGCUGUCAAGUUUAAACUGAGUUGGAGAGAGUGCAAAGUGCGCCCCUCUUCUCUCUGUUUAUAAUUUUAUAGACUUUAUAAUGGUUUUCUCCCUUAGUUCUCUCCUAAAGGUUUCAGGCUUUUCAAUCUUCCCUCCUAGGAAGAGUGUCCCAUCCCUUUUACUGCUUUAAUUAAACUUUCCUUUAUCGUUUGAGUAGUGAUUGGCUUUAGAACCACACAGUGUACGGAACAUGCCUGAACUGUACAGUUGCAUAGAAGCAUUUAUAAUUAAUUCAUUUAUUUUUAGUGAUUUUUACCUAAUAAAGUCUAACAUGGAAGUUGCAUUCUUUUCCAUUGUCUCUCUGCCAAAGGUUGAUAUUUCGAGUGAGCUUUCCAUUAAUGACCCAGAUACCUCAUUCCUUGCUGACCCAAUUUAGAUCCCUAAGUAGUGCCUAUGUAGCAACAGGAGCAUUUUCCCCUAAUGCGUAUCACUUACAGGAAAUCUCAUUUGCCGUUCCGUUGCACUUUCAACUGGUUUAAAGACCUGCCCUCCUGAAGAAAAGAAUAACGUAGUGCUUUGAUAGUUCUCAUAGUCAGUCUCGCCAAGAACACCCUGAAGGCCUGUGCUUGAAAAUAUAAUCCACUUAUUCCAUUGUGCUCUUCACCUUAGACUGCCGGGUUACUGGAUUACUAUCCCGGAGCCCUAACAAGAGGAUGAAACUGUGAAUCACAGUAAUUGAUAUUGGGCCUGGUGCCAGCAGUCAGCCAGACUGGACACUGACAAAGACCUGCCAGGACUCACAAAGGGCUGACCUGCAACCCCCUUGCUCACUGCCUUUAUAAACACCCUCUUUUUAGCAGCUGGCUACCUCACCCAAAAUGCCUGGCUCUGAGAGGGAGACCCUUGGCCUUCUCCCAGGGUCCUGGUGGCAGAGAAGGGGCCAGCGCUGCUGCUGCUGCUGGUAUUGUGGUGGCAAAUAAUUUAUUAAAAAAUUUUAAAGUAACAAAGCAGGGAGGAGAAUUGGUGGCGCUGUUGCCACAAAGAGGAAGAUUGGCCUCAGGGAGGGACAUCAGCCAAACUGUACCGAGGACCUACUGCCGUUUGGCAGUGGUCCUGAUUGACAUCUUAGGCAUGUUGGGAAUGUAAGCUUACAUUUUAAGGAUCCACUUGAAAGCUGUCUGCUCUCCUUUAUUCAUGUUUUUUGUCGCACUUGUCAGGUUGUUGCCAUGCUAGCAUUUAGGGUUAAUGUUCUUUGCUCAUGUGACCCUGGUAGAUUAUUACUUAGGAUUUCAACACAAGGUAGGGCUCUCAUGGGGUGAGUAAGCAUGGAGCUUAUUAUAGAUUUUGAUGAAGUUUUGCCCUCCUGAUGACUCUUCCAUCUGCUGAGAGUGUGUGUGACACAGAUCAAACAUUUAUUAGAAAAUGGGACAUGUACAAAAAAAAUUUAUUCAGGACUAUUGUAAGUGGCAGGCCUUGAAGGACUUUUGUGGCAUGAUGGAUAAUUAGAAGAGAAUAUAUUACUGAUGAAAAUUAACAAAAGAAAAUGAAAACAAACAGUGUGCUAGAUAGAUUAAGUUGUAGAUGUAUGAUGGGGUUUGAAAUGCAAGAAGAACUUAUUGUGAUAUGAUGUAACAAAUAUUACCAUUUUCUUUUCUUUCUUCUGGACAAAUCUUUUGUUUGUUGUUUCCUUUAAGUUUCAAUAAAGCAUUUAAUAAUGAUAAAAAAGAGUGUGUGUGUGAUAUCGUAUAGGUUGGGCUGUGACCAGUUAUUGACAAGCUUUAUUAACUAAUCAGCUAUUUAGUUUGUAUUUUGUGUGCUAGAUGGCUGAGUAGAGAGAGAGAUGGGAGGUUUUUUAUUUGUGUUGAGUAGGGAACGGGGGGGGGGUCCCUUCUAUUUCAUAUUAGGGUUCAGAGAUGGCAUGAAUGACAGAAAUAUCUGCCUCUCCUCAAGCCAUCUUGUAUAUGAAUGGUGUUGGUAGGCAAGCAGCAUGUGAGCCGAAGACUUGCUCUUGCAUCCUUCCUGAGGCACAUAGAACAGACACACCAGAGCUAUGUAGCUGGGUAGUUUAAAAAGUAUUCUUCUUUAGAGCAGUUUUAUGUCUACAAUGAUCAGGUCUUUCCUAUUGCCACAGCCCUGAAUAAUGUUUGUUAUUUCUAAUCUCGGUGCUUUUAAGAAUUAAUCUCUUAACUUCCCUUUGAACCUCAAGGUCAGGGUGUGCCCAGUGUAGCUUUAGCUUCUAGCACAGUAACAAAGUCUGCCUGCGGCUUGUAGAUUGGAAGGGCUGUGGUUGCAAACUGAGAAAGAAGUUCCUGGGUAUCCGCAGGGUGAAGUGAGUCACAAAAGCUUGUAUUGGUUCCAGUGGAGCUUAGAACUUAAAUCCAGUCUUUUGAAUCUUUACAAAAACCUUAAAAAAUGUGAAGUGGGAGCAGUGGGAGUUGGGAUGGGGGCAGUGAUGCCACUACCAGGGUCCCAAGUUAAAUGGCAGGAGAUAAGGUAAAAGCCAGAUUGUGAAAGCAGCAAGCCACGUGGCAAGAAAAGCACCAAUGUGGGUAGUGGCUGUUAAAUCCGAAACCUGAGUGUGACUAGAAGUGUUAGAGACACUCAGAUCUCUGCAGAAUCCCCUCCCCCCAAAAUGAGCUAUAGUUCUUAUGCUUUUUGAACAAGCUAUGUUCAUGCCUUUUGUACAUGCCUAACAAAUGAUAACUUGACCCUGAUUCCCAGCCACUUCCUACUUUGCACACUGAAUCUGUCAGCAAUCAAGUGUUCAGCAAAUCUGGCUUUACAGUGCAGUGCCUUCUGCUGAGAACACCAGCUCUCCACACCCCAAAAUCUAUACAGGAAGUAAGAGUUCUUUUUGGCUCAGUCUGUCGUUCUUCGUUUUGCAGAACAGAAGAGCAAUGAGCAGCUUAAUUCAGGUUUAAGAAGCAGAGCAGCCUUCUGUUGACUGGUGGUACAUAAGAGCAUAAGAAGAGAGAGCCCUGCUGAAUCAGGCCACCUAGUCCAGUCGCCUAUGGGAAGUCUGCAAACAGGCCUUGAGUGCAUUGUGGGUAGUAGCCAUCCUCAAUAAAUUUGUCUCACACUCUUUUAAAGCCAUCCAAGUCAGUGACCAUCACUAUAUCUGGUGGGAGCAAAUUCCACUGUGUGAAGAAGUACGUCCUUUUUUACGUCCUAAAUAUUCCAACAUUCAAUUUCAUUGGAUGGUGCUGGGUUCUGGUAUUGUACAAGAGGGAGAAAAACUUAUCCUGAACCUUUUCCAGAUUUACAGUAUCCUCCUUGAGAUGAGGGGACCAGAACUGUAGGUGUGCUUCUAGUCAACUCCUUUGAGUAUCUGUGUCUUGUGGCUAACCCCAAACUACAAAGGCACACUGGCAAAUCUAAAAAUACCUGCUUCUUUGGGGUGGGGUGGGGUUGAAAAAUAGUGGCAAUAAGUGUUUCUGAUUGGUGUUGGGCCAGCUGAGAGGUACCCAACUGUACAUUUCUAUAUAUCUCCAGCCAGCCACUUUCUCUCCUGUGGUUACUUGAUUUUAAAAUCUCACUUUCCUUCAGUCUUUUGAAUCUUUCAGUCUUUUGAAUCUAGAUAUCUCCAGCCAGCCACUUUCUCUCCUGUAGAUGCUUGAUUUCUGGGCAACUUCUUCGUUUGCCUCAGACAAUAAGCAAAUGUGUGGUAGUGUAAAUUGAGAGAUCAUGAAAAGAAAAGUGAUUUUACCAUGGAUAAUAAGGGGUACCAAGAUGGUGCCCUCAAUAUAUUGUUGGACUGUAGUUCAUCUGCUUCUACUGGUGGAAUAAGCAUUGAUGGUAUCAUUAUGCACUCCUGAGUACAACAGUGGUCUCCACUAUGGUAAAGUCUCGCUUCCCCAGACAAUCUUCUCUUUGUUGACAAGAAGCCAGUGUAUCAACCCUGACUCCCUCCAGUCAUUAGCAUCGGGAGGAGAGAGGGAUUGUGCUCUAAAUCAGCAAAGCAAAAUGUUAAUGUAUCCUGCUUAAGACAAUUCUUCUUUUAACAAAGAGCCAGGUAAUAAAAAAGACAGCAGAUCUGAAUGUUAACAACCAGCCACAGCACCUUUACACCCUGUGACGUAAAGUACAAAAAAGGGUUGCCUAAGUGUUUCAUAACUACACCUCUGUCUGCUUGCAGUUUCUGCAAGGAUACUUGCCAGUUUCCUGACUUAGAUCUUGGAACUUGCUGGUGAUACAACUUGCAUCUUUAGUCGAUAAAUACAAUAAUGCAAAAAAAGAUGUUUCAGUGAAGAACAGAUUCAAACCCAAGGCCUCCUUUUGCUGGUCACCUCCCUCUUUUACCCCUCUUUUUCUUUUCUGUAACAACAGGGUUACUUACAGUGGUGCCUCGCAAGACGAAAUUAAUCCGUUCCGCGAGUCUCUUCGUCUUGCGGUUUUUUCGUCUUGCGAAGCACGGCUAUUAACGGCUUAGCGGCUUUAAGAAAAAGGAAACAAACUCGCAAGAACUCGCAAGACGUUUCGUCUUGCGAAGCAAGCCCAUAGGGAAAUUCGUCUUGCGGAACGACUCAAAAAACGGAAAAUUCUUUCGUCUUGCGCGUUUUUCGUCUUGCGAGGCAUUCGUCUUGUGAGGCACCACUGUAUUAGAAAAGAAAGAAGGUUGUAUAUUAGAAGGGAGUGAAGCAUGUAGCUGUGACACCAGGUUUGCUAGCCUUAGCUCAGGCUUGAAAAUAGCCACUUGCCUCGUUGCCUGUGGUGAGUCAGGAUUACCUCCAGGCAGGAAAUCUUUCUGUGCUUGCCCAUAUGUGCACAGUGUAUGCAGCCCUGACUCCAGUCUUUGAUUCCUUUUGGAGAGGGAUAUGCUUGACAUGCAGAAGUUAAUGGGAAAGACUGGCUGCCUGAGACUUCGAAGGGCUUCUCCUGUUGGAGUAGGCAAAGUGCUAGGCUCCAUUAAUGGGUGGUGUCUGACGUGGUAUGAGGCAGCUUGCAGCGCGUAUGGCAGGUUCAUUCCCAAUGUCAUGUGACAGAGUCCAUAGGUUUUCACUUUGAGCAGCAGUGAUUCCUCUGGAAAGUGGUGACUGCCUGCUUUCGAUGAAAUAAUACGUUGUCGAAAGGGUGGAACUUAAUGGAAGGGGAAUUUGUGUGAAGGGGCGUGUGCAGAUUGCAAGAGGUCAGCAGCAUUCUGGCAUGGUCCCUGUUGUAACAUGACCAAACAGGUUAAAAAAAAAAGGCCACAUGUGUUGGCUGCCUGACCUGCUGCUGUUCACGCUGUUGCAUUGUUUGUUUGUGACAUAUUGUUGUUUUCCUAUUGUUUGCAGAGAAUUAAAGAGACAAUUCAGGGUUUGUGUGAAGAAUCCUGAAAGUGUUUUCCCUGAUCUCUCAUCUUCAGAUUGACUGAUAAUUGACAGGCCAAGAUCAGGCACAUAUUUGAAGGCCUGGUUUGUUGUUUCGUUGCUUGUAUGCAUGUGGUCUAAAGGCACUUGAGGUCACCAUUUGCUGUGGUCAAGCAGGCCUGGGUCUGGCCUGUGCCUGGAUGGGAGGCUGCUUGGGAACCAUAUGCAUGCUGUCUUGGGCUCUGUGAUGGAGAAAAGGCAGGGUAGAAAUGUAAGGAAAUAAACAAAUGUUUGAAACAGGCAUGGGCCACCUCCAGACAAACAGAAAAGCAUUGUGGGCAUACACUGCGAAGCGACAAUGGACUGUGGCUCCCUGGGAACCUUAAGUCAUGUGGUAGGCCACCAAUAUUCCAAAGUGGUAUAUUUGUAGGUGAUCCAUAAUGCAUCAUAUUUCCCAGUGUGCAAUUUGCUUCUCCAUCGUGAUGUCAUUUCUUGCUUGAGUGGGCAGUUUCUGAUUUGCAAUGUAUCUGCAGUUCAUCUUAUGUUUAUUCCCAUAAUGUUAAAUGGACAUGUGCACCUUUGCAUGUGUGUGUGUGUGUGUGUGUGUGUGCGCGCGUGUUUAAAGAAUAAAAGAGAAAGGCAGGAGGACAGGCAGAGCCAUCGUGACUGGUAAUAAUUCUAUCUAUCCAAACUAAUGGUGGAAAGUUUUUUAGGUCUUUAAGAAGGUUCAAAUUUGUGUGCAAGAAAAUCUAGAAACAGAGCAUUAAACUAGGGAUGCUGAGUUACCAUAUAUGGCUGUUCAUUGGAGGUUCUCCAGCCACCUCCUAACAAACAAACAAAACUGGUUAGAUUGGAUGCACUCCAAAUUAGAAUUUUCAUUUAGUUCAUUAAUAAUUGCUCCUUUCAUUUCCCCAUCAACUGUAUACAUAUUUCCAUUUCAGAAACAUGGUUCCACCAUAUCAUGUGCUGGCCAUUGAUGGUUUGCAUUGCUGCUUCAUUGUGGGAUCAAGGGUUGUGGCAAACUUGUCAGAACAGGAAACUGUAGAAGUGCAUCACACAGUGUUUCGCAAAGAUAAUUGAACCACAAAGUUGUGUGUGUGUAGUUGGAUGCAUCAUUCCUCAGGAGGUCAAAUUAGAAUUUUAUCUUUGAUUGAACUGCAAUAUUUACUCACUUUUUCAGUCAGUUUUUAAACAGCAGACUGAAAGCUCUCAGAUGGUUAAAUCGACUUUCCGUAAAAGCAAAAACUUGCUAAGGUGGCAUAAGUAGCAGUAAAUGAAAGGGCAGGAAAUAGCUGCUAGCUGAGGGCAUGUUUUGCAUCCUAGAGGGAAGUGGACAUUUCCGGGGCUGUCUCCGCAGCCUGAGUGACACCCACAUUCCUAAUUUCUCUCUCCCCCCCCCCUUUUUUUUGCUGACCUGAAACUACAGGGGAUAGCUUUAUAAGGACAAGAAUGGUCGAGGAGAUUUGGCAAGCAGGCAGGAGGCCUGGGUGGCUCUAGCCUAGGGGCAUGGGACUUCAGGCCUGCAGAUGUUUCAGGACUCCAACUCCCAUUAGCCCCAGCCAGCAUGGCUGGUGGUCAGGGAUGUUGACCAGCAACAUCUGGGCCGCAAGUUGGCCACCUCUGUGUUGAAACAGAAACAUUUUGUUAUGUUUUUAUGAGGUUGAGUUCUGGGAAAGGUCCUUGUGACCUUCUUGGCCCCUUUUUUGUUUUUGUUUAUCAUGAGUGAAUUGGAGAACGAGUUAACAUGGGCACUCGAGGGUUCCCGAAAAACAUAGCCCUUGGGAAAUGGGUCUGCAGUAGAAACAAAACAAAUGAUGCAACAGACAGCUAUCACUUACCCAGCCAAGUGGUCACUGUCUCAGGGCCUGGAGUGCUUUAAUAUUUUCUGCCUAACUCAGUAGCUCUGAUUAUAGGCUGAUAGGUACAUUCAGAGUAAUCACAUCGUUUACCCCUCUGGGAUCUUGCUUUGCCUUCUCCCUGAUGUAGAAAUAUAGCCCAAGCAGAAAGGUUUUCUGUUUCCCCCCAACAUAAAAUCCCAUGAAGCUGCCUUAUAUUGGAACCAACUGUUGUCCCAUGUACUGGACAGUCUAUCCUGAUUGGAAGGUCUCAGGCACACAGGUAUUUCCCCUACCCAAUGCUCUUAAGUAGCAGUGUUAGAUUUGAACCUGAGACUUUCUGCAUGUAGCAAAGCAAGUCAUGACUCAGAGUAUUAGUGUUCCCUUUGUCGGUGGCAAAGUCUCUAGGCCGGGCUUCUUUUUUAUACACAUACAUAGGAGCUGGUUUCAUUAUGUAAUCUAUAGGACUGCCAGGUUAUUAUCAUUGCCAGAUGGCCCUUUGUAUUUCAAAAGGGAUUGUCCAGAACCUUACAGCUGUGUCAACAUAAAAUGGGUGUUCCAAUAUAUGCUGAGAAGAAACACAGUCAGGGAUGGGUCUCGCUUUUGAAAACUCUUGCCCUGCCAGAGUUGCAGUCUGACAGCAGCAUGCUGGGGUUGGGGGAAGAGGGAGGCACACGGUCCUUGCGCUUUCUGCAUCUCUUCUGUGCCCCUUCCAAUCUCUUCUGUAACCUUAUGCAGUCCGUUCAAGAGGCACUUCCAUGAACAGAUUUCCCCCUUCAGUUCCGUGAUGGAGAAUAAGGGUGUUGUUCUCAACAGUGAAGGAGAGCGGCUCUAGGAUCACAGGUCUGCCAUUCCUGCUGUGUCCCUAGAGUUGUGCUCUUGGGAGGGAAGAAGACCAAUACAUAAUGCAGACGUUCUGUCUUUGCACCCAACUCCCUUUAUUUUUCCAUAACCCAUGAAACAGAACUAUCGCCUCUUUUCAGCCAUAGGGAACGUGGCAGAACUUUUUGCCGACAAAGUGCUCAGAUCUGUCUCUCUGACCAAAAAGAGUGAGCAGGGGUUCUCAGAAGGAAGGAAAGCCAAGAUGCUCGUAAUUGCAACCAAGGAGGACUGCCUGCCUAGGGCCUGAACUGCCCUGCCCUUGCCUCCUUCCACUUGACAGGCUUCACAAGGACUGUGGCUGCUGCUUAGCACCGAGGACUCCUCUUUUCAACUGUUCUUAAUUUUUAUCUGUGUUGUUUUAAAUGAGACCAUAUUGGCUGUAAGCCUUGUAAGACCUGCACCCUGCCUUACUGUUCCUUUCCCAUCUGGCCUGGGAGAGUGGAGUGCUGACUGACUCCAGCUACAAAAGCUGAGGCUGUUGAACAGAUUCUUGGGCUGGAGUAUUGUUUACAGGGAGUUGAGACAGCUGUUGCUGUUAUUGAUGUUGUUGUAUCUUUAGUUUCAGAUCUUAGGAUUUAUGUGGAAAUUGUUUCCAUUAAGUUGUGUACUUCUUGAUGUGUUUUAUUUAUUGUUUAUGACUUUUGUUAUGUAUGUAAUUAUGUAAAUCUUGUCAUGUUGUAAGCUGCCUUGAGCAUAGUUUCAACAAAUCUUGUCAUGUUGUAAGCUGCCUUGAGCAUAGUUUCAUCAAAGGUAGUGGUGGUGAUGAUGAUGAUGAUGAACCAAGUGUGUGUGGGCCUUACCAAAGUAUCUGGGUUGACGGGAGAAGGUGGCAAGUUCCUCACCCUUGAUUUAGAAAAGGUCUGGGUGGCCCAACUGCAGCCCCCUAGACCUCCUAGCCUCUCUCCAGCUCUUGGGAAUCUCUUCAUCACACCCUCCUCAGGUGCUUUUGCCUGGCUAGAAAGCAUCCUUGAUAAUUUUCCUCUUUUUUUUUUGGCAGGGUGGGCAGGUGUAGAAACUUUUGGCUUGCAUGGCUGAGAUGUAUACAGCCCACUGUACAAAGACAAAGGCUCUGCCCACCACUGUCCUGUAACCUCCAGAAAGUUGCCUGCAUGUGGUUCUGGGGCUGCAGAAGGUUCCCUUAGCCCUGGUUGUAAAUGACCGAUGCUGCGUUUAAGUGCCACAUCUUUUUGCUCACAGUUGUUUCGUUUUCUCUGCCCCGCCCCCUCCAACUUGCAGAGCAGUUGGUGCUUGGAGCCUACAAAGAACUGUCUCGACGUUGGGAUAAGGACUACGACUCAUUUGUGCUGCCGCUGCUGGAUGAGCUGCAGCCAUGCUACAUCCUCUACCGCCUGGACACCCAGAAUGCACAGGGCUACGAGUGGCUCUUCAUCUCCUGGUCUCCUGAUAACUCUCCUGUAAGCCUCUGCUUUGUUUCUGCUUGACUUUAGCCUCCUAGGGCUCAGAGCUGAACCGGCAUGGGUAGCUGGUUUAUGCAGUGGGUUGUAGGUGAAAAAGUAGGUCCCUGUUCCCUUCUGGGAAGAGGAUUGUGCAGCCAAUGCAAGACUGAACACGGUCCUUCCACCCACCAGCUGACAUCACCAGUGAUGGGCAGGUGGGCACAGUUUGGGGAACAUGGCCUAGAGGGCUACGAUCAGCCCAUAGGCCAGGGGUUCCCUGCCCCUGGUUUAAUAUCAUGUGGAAAUUGGAGGUGAUUCUUUCUCACCAUGUUUAGGAAUUCAUUCAAAACAGACUUUACAGAACAGUCCAAUGGACCAUCACUUGAUUAAAAAACAACAACCCUACAAACAGAGAUGAUAACCUUAAGGACUUAAUGUAUCCUAUUGUUUCAUCAUAUAAUAUUUCUGUGGACAAGGGUAAAUACGGAGGGUUGUACUUAUCUACUGCCAUUUACACAUUCUUGCAUUCCCAGGCAUUUGUGUUGUGAACUACUCUGAAAGAAUCUUGCAGAACUCUUGCUCCUAUAAUCUCCACUCUUAUUAGACUAGCAUGCCAUCUGGAGGCCAACACAGGCAAUGUUUUAACAUGGCUUGUCAUUACUGUGAGAUGUGCUCCCAUUCUUUUUCCCUAGCUCUUUCCCAGAUCACCCCAGGUUUCUUUAAAGGAUCAUCAGCUAAAUCAGUGGAAACAUUCUCCCCCGUUUAUGUAUUGAAUGCAUUUCUAUGCCACCCUUCAUCAAAAAGUCAUUACAGGGCAGGUUACAAUAAAAAUUGGUAAAAACAGUUCGUACACUUAAGCCAACAAUUUCAACACCAGAGCCAGCUGAAAUAAGACAGCCUUUUAAAAACACCCGUUUGCAAAUCUCCACCUAAAAGCUCACUCCCCUACAAAAGCCUGGAGUGAAUAGCUAUGUUUUUAGACGGUGGCAGAAAGCAAGGUACGUAUGGUGGCCAUAUCUCAGGAGGGAAGGAGUUUCACAGCUGCUGAAGAAGUAGCACCACAAAUAAAGUCCUGACCCUGGUCACCACACACACAAGGAAGAGUAAUAUAAAUAAAUAAAAUGCAGACCACACAUUACUCUAAAAUGGUUUUUGCAUAGUUAAAACCUUUGAUGGCUAGAAUAUGGAGGGGUUGUGUGGAGAUUGACACUGCCAGAAUUCUGACUAUGGUAAGCUGAAGGGAACGUCCGACACCCAUGUUUAAAUCGGCACCCGUGUUUAAAUCACCACCUUGUUACAUUUUCUAUGAAAGUGAAGUUGAUAAAUAUUUUAAUAAUACAAAAUCAUAAAACUCCUAAAUCAGCCUUCCCCAGCCUGUGGCCUCCAGAUAUUGUUGGACUCCAGUUCCCAUCAGACCCAGACAGCAUAGCCAAUAGUCAGGGAUGAUGGGAGUUGGAGUCCAGCAACAUCUAAGGGGGCCUCAGGUUGGGGAAGGUUGCUGUGAAUCCUUGGGGCUCCCAUAUGAAUUUGCCUGUAUUUUGAGAUUUUCCGUGGAGGUUCUGAUCUGGAUCCUUUUCUUCUCUUCAGUGUAGUGUAUGGUUACUCUCUGGAACAAGGUCUUUUUAACAGUGGCACCAGAAAUGUUGCCAGAAUUGUGGAACUCCUUCCUGGGAAGUUUUACUGUGCUAACAUCUAGACAGGCAGCAAAGGAGGUGCUUUUUUCAGAAGGUCUGCAGGACUGAGUUUGAGGGAAUACAAUAUGUGUGUCCUGCUGACUUUCUUUUUACCAUUUAACUAAUGAGUUACUAAUUUUUUUCUGUUCUGCUUGUGGCAUUUUGCCUUAUUCAUAGUUUAAAAAAAUAUUUGGAUUUUAAAUUUGAGCUGCUUUGAAGAUUUUUAUUUUUAAUUCAAAUGGCAGAGUGUAAAUAUUUUUAUAUUGAAAUACGUAUAUUUCUGUGUCUUACCUGUGGUAACAGCAUUCAUAUUUAGCCACCAACAGUAUGAGAGAGGGUCAAGUUAUUUUUUUUUCCUCGGCCAGGGGUGGAGGUUUACCCAAGUAUCAAUAAACUUGAAUAUUUCACCCAGUUAUUAAAACAUAAAACCCUGCUAGCUGUGAAGGCAGUUAAGGUAAAAAGGUUACAGUAAUAGGAACAAUAGUUGCUAACCAUCCCCCAAGUCCUGAUGUUGAACUCUGUGAUAAGAUCAUCCAUAAUACCUCCUGGGGAAUAGCUGCCAGUUCAAUUGACUCUGUGUAAUUGCUUAUAUUGGCAGCUCUAUAGAUUUUAUACUUGCAAGCCCUCACAUGGUUGACUUUCUAGUCUGUCUGAAUGUAUUUUGGAACAGUAGUUUGAAGAUGGCUAUCUAAAAAUAUUAGCAAGGGGACAUAUUCCUUAAUAAAGAAUGUGCUCAGAACACACAAAUGUAAAACCCUGCAGUUACAGCAUUCCAUGACCAUUGUAACUGGGAGACUACUGCAUUGCGCUCUAUGUGGGGCUACCUUUGAAGGUGACUUGGAAACUACAACUCAUCCAGAAUGCGGCAGCUAGACUGGUGACUGGGAGCAGCAGCCGGGACCAUAUAACACCAAUCCUAAAGGAUCUUCACUGUCUCCCAGUACAUUUCCAAGUACAAUUCAAAGUGUUGGUGCUGACCUUUAAAGCCCUAAACAGCCUUGGCUCUGUAUACCUAAAAGAGCACCUCCACCCUCAUCGUUCAGCCUGGACACCAACAUCCAUUUCCGAGGGCCUUCUGGCGGUUCCCUCACUGUGAGAAGUGAAGUUACAGGGAACCAGGCAGAGGGCCUUUUCGGUAGUGGUACCUGCCCUGUUGAACACCGUCCCAUCAGAUGUCAGACAGAUAAUUCACUAUAUGACUUUUAGAAGACAUCUGAAGGCAGCCCUGUUUAGGGAAGUUUUUAAUGGCCGAUGUUUUAUUGUGUUUUUAAUAUUGUGUUGGGAGCCACCCAGCCACCCAGAGUGGUUGGGGCGACCCAGUCUGAUAGGCAGCAGCUUCUUCUUCUUCUUCUUCUUCUUCUUCUUCUUCUUCUUCUUCUUCUUCUUUUUCUUCUGUUUUCAUACUCAUGGAAUGACUUGUCCUUGUCAAUGAUGUUUCUCUCUGUAUGACCAGGUUAGACUGAAGAUGCUCUAUGCAGCAACCAGAGCAACAGUGAAGAAAGAGUUUGGAGGAGGGCAUGUGAAGGACGAGCUCUUUGGAACAGUUAAGGUACGGCAAUAUGCAGGAGGGCCGUCAGGAAGAGCCUUAGCCAUUGUUGUCUUGUACCGUGUUGCUCAGAACCUUACAUCUAGAAAGCAGGCAUUUUUCUGGGUCAGUUUAACCCCCUCCCCCACACCCCCUUUGAGUAGUUUUCAGUUCUUUAAGGCAGAAGAAAAUCAAGUGUGUUAACAGUAGUAAUAAAAGCUUUCUGGGAAACUGGAAGAUAAAGCUAUCAGUGGCUACUAGCCAUGAUGGCUGUGUUUGACCUCCACUGUUAGAGGCGGUAUGCCUCUGCCAGAGGUAGAGAGAGCGCUGUUGCUCUCAUGUCCUGCUUUUGGGCUUUCCAUGGGCAUCAAGGUGGCUACUGUGUGAACAGGAUGAUGGACCUUUGGCCUGAUACAACAGGUUUCUUAAGUUCUUAAACUAACUGAGAUCUUCAGUGUUUCCCAUUUCCCCCCACCACAGAUUUAUUUAAUUUGUGAUUAUUAUUAUUAUUAUUAAUCCUUUUGGAUCCACACUUGGUGAGGGUCGGAGUUUGGGCUGUGUGGUCUUCAUUAAGGCCCUGUCUCAUCUACCCUUCCUUUCCAUAAUUAGAGCAGUACUCCUAGGUGGAUGGAUGGAUAGAUGGAUGAAAGACAGAAAGGAAAGGAGGCACAUAGGCUUAACAUCAAGUUUGAGCACUCCCUUUUGGGUGGGUGUACUGAUAUGAAACUUGGGUAGUCCAUGAUUCUACACGCGAUGCAAUAGCAAACCCUGGUUUGCUAGCCAUGGUUUUCCUGGCACUCUGGCUUUCUAGGAAAGCACCAUAAGGUGGCAGCAUUGCUCAUGAAAUGAGAUCACACUAUAUAGCGUGGGAGGAAUCUUGCGUUUCUGUCUGUCUGCAACCUUCAGUAGUUCUAUAUAACUGUGAAAUCCUCAAGACAUGCCUGUCAUUUGACAGGAAAUCUAAUACUAAGCCCAGUGUACUUGACCAGCUAACAUUGGACAAGUUCCUCUCAGUGGUGGCAUAUUUAUUCUUUUAAGCUAUGCCUUUUACAUUGAAAACAUUGUGAUUCUAUGCUGUUAACCAGUUUGAGCAUUGGCUGGUCCCCAUGCCUCCAGCAACAGAGUCAAACUUGUAUGGGCUUGUUGCCAACACCUGCAAUCUUCUUUGGGUGGAGGAGUCUCUGCAGUUUGCCAUAGGGAAGAAUUGGAAAGCUUUUGCUUCCAUUUUUCUCUAAGCACAGCCUAGCAUUAGGUCUGAACCUGGACAAACAGUAGGUUGAUUUUAACUGUGGUUUACUCCAAAUAAAACCAGCUUGAUGAACCAUGGUUUAUUAAGCUGGCUUGUUUUAGAAAGCCAUAGUUAAGUUGAACCACCAUUUACCGUUCAGACGCUGCUUGCCCUGGUUAAUGAAGAACAGAUGUUUCUUCACUUUUUCUCAUGGAUGCUUUGGGGGGAGAACACAUGUGCCCGUGACUUGCACAGGCUCAGUCUUGUUGCACCACAGCAUGGUCUAGCAUUACAUACAAAUGCAUUCCUUGCCCUUGUUUCUGGAUCAUAGUGAAACUGACCAAAGAACUCCUUUCCAGUAGCAGCUGUCAGGGCAGGGCGACAUUGUUUACCUGACUUCUCAGUGGCUCAUGGCGCUGCCCAUUAUUGAGAAGUGGAGAGCUCUGUGCAGGGGCAGUGGCCGGAGCAUUGGGUCGAUUCCACUGCUGCAGCCGCACUGUGCUGAGCUACCUGCUUCCUUGCCCCUCUUCUCUCAGUAACCAGACGUCAUGCACAGAUUUGGGAAGCCAGGUAAGCAACACUAUCCUGCCUUCACCACCUGCCAGCCACUACUGCUCCUUUUUCUUUGAUCAGUUAGCAGGGGUCAGCAAAUUUUUUCAGCAGGGGGCUGGUCCACUGUCCCUCAGACCUUGUGGGGGGCCAGACUAUAUGGGGGGGGUGAACGAAUUCCUAUGCCCCACAAAUAACCCAGAGAUGUGUUUUAAAUAAAAGCACACAUUCUACUCAUGUAAAAACAAGCUGAUUUCCGGACCCUCUGCGGGCCAGAUUGAGAAGGCGAUUGGGCCGCAUCCGGCCCCCGGGCCUUAGUUUGCCUACCCAUGAGUUAAAGUGUUAAGUGCUCUUUUACCAUGUUGGAAAUAGGUGGUGCCCACUUUUAGCAAUGUGUGCUAUGCUGCAGUUUUAAACGAGAGCUUGUUAAGAGCGUUGAUGCUAACAGUGAGUUGCUAUUCCUGGCCCUGCACACCAAAGCCAGCUGAUAACAUUAACUGGAGUUGCCUUUGUGUGUAAGGUUCACAGCCAUUGACCUAUGUAGCCCAUAAGAAAAUGUGCCCCCGUUCAUCUCUGUGGUACUUUGAACCAUAUCUGUGGCUGCUACAUCACCACCUCUGUCUGACUACAGGAAGACAUCUCGCUUAGCGGUUACCAGAAGCACGUGUCGUCCUACUCUGCUCCGGCUCCUCUGACUGCAGCUGAACAAGAGCUCCAGCAGAUCCGCAUCAACGAGGUGAGAGGCAGCACAUCGUGGCACUGAUCCAAAAGAUUGCUUGGUGAUCCUGCCCAGCUAAUCAUGGUUUUCCUUUGGCACUAUUAUGCCUCAUAGAGCAAGCAGAGCGACUUCCAGUGUGCAUUCUGUUAGAUUGAGGGAUAAAGCCUUGUUGCUGGUGGCAGAGAGGGGUGGCCAUAACAGUGUCCCCUCCUCCGCCACCUCUCUUUGGGCUGUGCACACUGGCUAAGGAAACUGAAAAUUUGCAAUAUUGGGUGGAAAGCUUCUCAAGGCACAAACUACUAUGGGUAUAGUUUCUCCUCCCUGCCUCCAAAUUUCCAUUCCUGUGCCAUUUCCCCCUUGCAGAGUCUGUUUCUGCAGUUUCUCCUUAUCUGCUUCAUGCCUCGCUGUUGUGUUUUCUCAGUUGCCCACCUUUGUCGGUCCCAGAACAUAGCCAUAUGGGGAGAUGAAUCCGUGCCCCCACCCAGUGCAGUUCCCGUCACAGGCGCUGUCCAGUAGGAGCUUUGCAACCACUGUGCAGCCAAAUUCAUAUCAGCAGUCAAAUUCAGCAAUCAUGUAAGCACUAAUUUAGGGCACAGCAUUUAAUCUGCCUGAACCAAACAUGGGACAAGUGUGCUCCUGUAGCUUUCCAAUGGCUUUCUGGGUUUAUUCGGGCAAGAUCAUUUUUGGUAGCCAAUCAAUUAAUUCUGACUACUCUGCUGAGCAGUCUCCCCAUACAGUUGUCCCUUCUCACAGCCAUAAUGCUGGCAUCCUACUCCUGUGGGGUAAGCAGUAAAGAAGGAGAAAUUAAUCCUGAGAGGGGCAGGGAAUUUCUGGCCCUCCAGUUGUUGCAGAAUUCCCAUGAUCUCUGACCAUUGGCCAUGCUGGCUGGGGCUGAUGGGAAUUGGAGUCCAACAGCAUCUGAAGGGAACAAGUUUCCCCAUCUCUGCUUUAAGGCAAUCUGAGACCUUCAUGGAACUGCGGUUGAUAUAAGUUAUCAAUUGGUUCAGAGCUGAGGUCCUAUUCUGUGCCUGAGAGUGGAGAGUAGAAUCAGAUCGCCUUCCAGGUUUAAGCAAAAAAUGCUAUCCAUGUUAAGAUGAUGCCACAGCACUUUACAGGGAUUUAGAAAGUUAUAUGGGCCAUUACCUUAUACAAAUGCAGUAACUGUUCAAUAAUAGAAUUCUCACUUUGUAUUAUUUCAUCAUCGCCUUCACCAUUUGAGUCUUCCAUGCAUUGUUUUCUAUUGCCAUUUGCUCCUUUAGUAUAAUAUGUAUAUACAGUAUAUAGACAGUUUUUCUUAACUGACAGGAUUUGACCCUUGACAGCUCCGAUCUCCCAGCUGCAGAUGAUGGUCAACUCAAAUGGUGAUUUAGCAACUAUUGGUGCGGCAGCCAGUGUUGUCAUUUGCACUGAUUUAAGCCUUUGGGAUGUUAUCGUUCUCUCCCAGAAGGGCUAAUGCAGAAGCCUGAAAACAGGCAGAAAUAAAUUGCUUCCAGCUGUUUCUAAAAUGAGCUUAUAAGUGCAGGAAGAUAAACACUUAAAUGUGCGGCAAGCACUUUCCGGGAGACUUAACAUUGUGUUUUUAUAAAGGUAAGAGUGGGUGGAAAAGGAAAAGCAGGGAAGAGCCAGGAACGCCCUGUCCCCACUGCAGAUGAGGGACAUGGACUGAGGUGGGGCCAGGGGCUCCUCCCAGGUAUAAGCCGGAGGAAUGGACAAAAGGUGUCUAAAACAACAACGGCUGCACCACAUCAGUGAUAUUGAGGGACGUGGACUGGGGAAGAGAGUUGGUUUGGAGAAGUAAUUAUUAUUUUUUUGCUAAAAAAAAAAAAGGUUUCUGUCUGUUAAAAAGCAGAGAAUUAGAGUGGGUGGAAUACAGGGAGGAUGGCAAAGGAACACUUGCUUUGGAGUCGAGGGAGGGAGGAUGUGGAAGAACUACCCCCAAAACGGAUUCUCUCUAAAUUUAGUUUCGUUAAGUCAGGUCUCCCAGAUUCCUCUGCAUUUGUUUCCGUCUUGAAGCUUCUGUCAUGGUCUAAAUUUAAAUCAUUUAAAAAAGUAUACCUCUUUCGCUCGGUGUUAGGAGUGCAAGAGAAGCACCAAAUUGUGUUGUGCUUUUCUGGAAACGCUGAAAAGGAUUUGCUGUUCUGGGAGAUGUUACUUGGAUUGACGUUCAGCUGGUGUGGACUGGAAAAAACCAAUGCAGGAUAAUUUCUCCCUUCCCAAAUUUAGAGCUCCAAAUAGUGACUUAUUUCUUGUCUGUGUUACUUGUUUGCCACACACCCUGCAGUAUCUGUACUUAGAGGUACGGGGUGCUGAUAGUUGGGUAGCAAUCUUGCCUCUAAGUUAGAGGUGGGGGUGUGCAUUUUAGGCACCAAACAUGUCCCUCCCACCCACCCAUUUUUCUCUAAUAAUCAGAGUUUACCUAGAGCUUUGUGUGUACCUGAUUUCAACGUUCCAUAUCUUGGGAAAGUUCCAUAAAUAUUGAAACCAAGUGUCAUGUUAUAUGGACUACUGGAGCUUGCACCAAAUGUUGCGGUGUGGAGUGAGCCUUUCUAGUCACACGCUCUCUCAGGGCACUCCACUCCACCCUCACUGCCCCCAGUUUUCUGUCUACCCACCCCCCUCCACAUAGUCGGAGUCAGCAUUCCAGCUGACUAAGCAUGCACAAUCAUGUUUGGGGAUUUCCCUAGCAAGGGUUUCCUCCCCCCACCAAAUAUUUUGUCAUUCUGCAAACCUUUCCCCAAGCCCACUGAUGUCUCUCUCUUGAGCAAGUGUUCUGGCGCUUGGAGAAAUUGAGAUCGCUCGCGGUAUAUGCAGAUAGCAUCCGCAGCAAAGUGUUGCAGUGUGGAACGAUGCUGGCCAUGCCAUUCCCCUCCCUCUUCUCCCCUAGUUCCUUUCCCUCCUCUCCCCCAUUCCAUGGCCACUGAGCGUGUUUAGUUUUCAUUGGGCUGUUUUUUGAGAUUCACUUCCCCGCUUAAGUUUUUCACUUUUUUUUGUACAUUUGCAGACUUUUGGGGUUCACCCAGACCUGAUGUUAGGUCCCUUUUUAUGCAUAGAUGGGGUUGUUUUGGCUGCAUAAGGACUGACAUUCAGAGAAUGGAUAAAUCUGAUCAACUUAGAGUUUGCCACUUAAAAAAAUGCAGCUCACCCCAGCAGUUCGUGCCUUCCUCGAUCCUUGUCUUUGUAAUCAGCUUGCCCUGCCCAUUACACUUCCACAUAUUGCAGAAGGCAAUAUCUUCAUGUAUGUGCAGAAGACCAUUCUUUCACCACCAUUCAAUCACAGCCAGCCCCCUAACAUAUCAGACCCAUGUACAAAAGAUACAGCCCUACAGUCUUUCUGUCCACCCACCUCUCAUUUCCUUGUUCAGCAAGUCAGUCGAAAUAAUCCCAGCCCAGUUAUCACCUCUCGUUCUGCACCCUUCUCUGAAUAUGCAUGUCGAUAUUUCUGCUGACAGACGCCCAGCUCUGCCUCUGUCCAUCGCCAUCCCUGCACGGCUGAGUGGUUAGGACAGAGAGUCCUUCUCUGUUCAGAGCUUCUUUUUCCUGGGUCAACGUGCAGGGCCUCUGUUGUCACUGUGGCAGGAGAGAUGUCAGAAUUGGUUAUCACCGGUGAAAGCCUAAACAGUGGCAUCUCUCCCUGCCUCCCUCGCUUCUCCUGACAACACAGAGAGAGUACUUUGUAGACAGAAUUCGUCUGCGAUUGCAACUGUUCGUGCUCCUGGUUGGAUGCCAUAAUGCGCAAACAGAAGUAUAUGAAUUGUCCCUGGGCAAUUCUCUCCUUCCCCUUGUCCUGGGACACUCCAGAGUCUCCUGCCAGCGUCAGAGGGAUCAACGCCAUCCCCAGCAAUUUCCACCUCCCAAACUGUUGCCCAGCUUGAGGGGCUCACAGGGGGAAGGGGCCUUCUAUCAGUGGAGGGGACACCAACCGGAUGCAACCCACAAGGAGCUGCUUGGUACAGAGUUGAGGCAUUGCUCCGUUUCGCCUAGCAAGUCCUUGCAGCUUCUCUCCCAGCUCUUGAGCCAAGGUCUUUGCUGACCCUCCAUUCGAGAGAGGAAUUGAGCUUGGGAGCUUAUGGGUUGUGCUGCACCACAUGCUCUCCAUUUGGAAAGACAUUCAUGCUGGUGGCCCAACUGUAAGGACAAGAUAUUGUGCAAAGGAUCCACAUUUCUGGGCUGUGGGGAUCAGAAGCUCUGAUUCCAUCCUCCCAGUUUUCCAUUUUGGAACUGAUGCUACAAAGCCAAGGGGCAGUUAGCUUAAAUCCCUCCUAUCAUGCUCCAUUUUGACCCUUUUUUCCUAGCACUGCCAAGGAAUCAUUACACCCUUGUCAAGGUGCAGGGAUUGUCCCCUCCAUCAUGCAUGUGGGUAUCAUUACCUCCUGAUGCAUGUUAGUGAAUGGAGAUGCCUCUCAUUAAGGACAAUUCUUGCCUUGCUACUUAAUGAGACAACAGCUAUGUAAGCUUGCUCUGGAAUGGACUUUCAGUCCAGGAACCAAGUCUCCUGUUAUUCCUUAACUUAUUAUUACAGAAGACAGCACUUCUGAGCACAUACAGAACAUCUCUCUCUUGCCACUAUGCCAUCACAACUGGCCUAAGCGGUGCCUGGGUAGAAAGUCCAGGUCCAGGCAGGCUUGUGCCUUCUGUCGUCUCGUUUUACAGAAGUAGCAAUGUUCUUGUUCAGAAUUGCCUUGCUACGAGCCUUAUUUUAGUUUUAUUUGAUUUAAGCUGCUUUUUGCCUGUGUCUUGCAGGGUAAAACAGCUCAGGUAAGUGCUUUUUGUUGCUUGCUUUCUAUCAUUUCUCUGUCUUUCCAAUUUCCUUGAGUGAAGGGCAGAGCUCUGACGACAAAAGCCUGAAAUACGUAUUAGUACUGGUAUCUUUUCCAUAGGCUCAAGUACUAGUGACGCAGACACAGAGAGAGGUUUAACUGGGCAAUCUUUGUAUCUCAAGGUGCUAGCAUCAUGUUAGGCAUUUAACAUGUAAGGGCCCAUCCCUGUCCCCGGCUUCGCUAAGCCCUUUGAAACUUAAGACUGCCCCUUUCUCCCUCUGCCUUAGUUUUCAAGUGCCCUUGGCAUGUCUAAGUAGACUGAGGGGCAGAAUUUAUUAGACUCGACAAUUAGGUAAAGAACGCUAGCAGAUCCCCAUUGAUAAGCCUCUGCUAGCCUUGACCUGUUUGUUUACUGGAGGCAAAUGGCUGGUGAUAACAGUUCUGGACCAGUAGGGAAAAUGGCACACGUUAUUGACUGCAGGGUUCAUAAUCAAGCAGUGGAUUUUAGCUGGUGCUAGAAGGGGGGCUCUGCUCCUUUAAAGGGUGGUGGUGGAAAUCAGUGUGCUGUGAGUUGUAUUUCUUCCAUGCUUGCCUUUCUGUGCCUAACGCAUGAGUGCCUGUUUGUGCAGUGCUUCUGUGCUCUUUCACCCCAAGAGAGAGGUUGCUGAGUGUUUGGAGUGUUGCUUUUCUGUGACUUGCCUGACUUCCCAGGACGGCAUUCAGGUGGCCCAUUAGGCACAUCUCGCCGUUUCUUUCCCAACCUUCUAGUGUUCAGGUUGAAUGCUCUCGAAACUAGUUUUGUUCUUUUCAAAAGCUCUCUGUCGUAGUACUCUGUCAUGUUCUUGCAUCAGAGUCACAUCAGUGUUGGAAAAGCAAGCUGUGUAAGUAGCCUAAAGGAAAUGGGACAAUUUAACAGCACCGCCCUGUGCAUGUUUACUCAGAAGUAAGUCCCCUUGAGUUCACUAAAAACUUGCUCCCAGGUUUUAUUCUUAAUAUCCCUUCAUCCCUGUGCAGCAAAAAAGACGUCAGUCUUCUUGCGUAAGAUCAUUUUGGCUGUGCACAGCUGUUUGCCCAUGUGAAAUGCUUGAAGGCCAAAUCCUUUUGCACUCCUGUUCUUCAAAUCCAAAGAACGUUAAGAGGGUUUCCCCUCCCCCCCCACAUCACUUUUAAAUAUAAUACAAAUUUCAAAGGUUUUGAAAGCAGUAGUAAAUCGCAAAUUAGAAGUGCCCAUGGAUCAUAGGAGCCAACUCCUAGAGACCAAGGUACCUUUGCACACCCCUCCAAUAAAAUAAUUGAGGGAGCCACCCCCCAAAAGUUGAUGGGCACUGCCAUUCAGAUGGUGGGCAUGUAUCGUGUUUUGUGAUCAGUUAUGUGGUGUGAGGCUUAGCUCUCCCACCCCCGCCCCCACCAAAUAUUUCAUUCAAGUUGGCACCCCUGCCUUGGAUAGGAUGGAUUUGGUUAAAAUCAGUACUAUUUUUAUCAAAAAAGAGGUGCUGGAACUCACCAUGAAUGCCUCCUUCUUUCUCUUAGAAUGGCAAUGACCUGAGAGGUGCUGGAACUGCGUUCUGCCAAGCUCACUCUGAAAAUAAGCUGUGGUUAAAAUGCAUCAUAGAGAAAGCUGUGAGGUUUUCAUGGGGUCGUUCUCUACAAUGAAUAUGAAAACUCUAUGCAGUAUCUAAAAACCAUUUUGAAUGACUGCAGUGUGUUCACAUGCUCUAGAAUGUGCAUGCCAGGUUGGAAAGUUUUUGAAUGCGGCCACCAUUGAAAUGUUCUACUCUGCAUAAUAAAUCAUUUGGAAAUUAUGACAAUUAUAUCACUUUGAAACAUUUGUUAAUUUGGAGAGGCAUAGAAAUAAAAAUGGGGACUUCAAUGUGUGUGUCAAGGCAAGUGUGCAAGGUAUUUGGAGUCUGGCACGCAGUACUGGACGGUGUCUCUGAAAUGGCAGUAAUUUGUAUUAGUUCAGAAAUACCCAAGAAUGAAUGUGAAGACUUCAGUAGUAUACCAUGUUCUAUGGAGUUAGAAAAAAUAGGCUGUCAAAUAAUCCAAAUGUUACACCAGUGCAGAUUUCCUUUUGAAAUCUCAGGUGUAAAGGUGCUACUGACUCUUUUGGGGAGGCAAUAUUUUGUGCUUUUAGUGCAUACCAUUAAGAUUACUCUGAUUGUGGAUGUUUACCAAAGAGAAGUAGAGAAAUGAUGGAUACCCUAUUUGGCUGAGUUCCAAGGGCAGGCUUAAGACUUGGGAAUUUCCGGACUUUCAGCAUUAAACCCUUCCAUCUUAUUCUGGUUUCUUGUAACAGAACAUAAAAAUGCACUUGAAGGUUCUUUAGCCCAUCUGAAACCUGCAUAGUUCUUUAGCUCAGAUUAACGUAGGAGUGAUUUCUUAAGACAGAAUUGCAGUUUCUCUUAGAACUUUUUGUUGCAAUGUUUAUCUUCAGAGACAGAGAGAGAACAGUUUAGCAUUUCCUUUUCAGGGUCCAAGGCCCUCUAGACACAGUUACCUGGUUGUAUGUCCCACCAAAGUCAAUAGGGCUUUCUUCUGAGUAGACAUACAUAGGAUCACACUGUGAACAACUAGGGGCCCAAACCAGCCACCCAUUCACCCGCUUGCCAUACUAGAUGUGAAAUGUGUCUGGAGAAAGUAGCAUUUAUGGUAACAAAAGUUGCUGGCAGAUUUCUUUUUAGGAGAUGGAGGUUGAUGCACUGACCCAUAGUCCAUGUCUCCGUUCAGGAAAACUGGCUGAUGCUCAGGGUCAUGUUACCUCGAAAAACGUUGUUCUGUCAAUAAAUCCUGUCACUUGAACCAAGUGGGCCUCUUCGUUCCACUGCAGAGUCUGUGACUGACAGGUGGUUCUGAACCCUAAAGCACGAUGGCUUCGUUUAUUCAAUUUAAGUCAGUACUUUAUUGUACUGUGCUAGUCCACAAGUCAGUAUAUCAAACUUGGUCUGCUUCGGAAAUUAUCCAAAAAGUAGAUCCCAGUGUUUUCCAUUGCAGGUUAACCACAUCUUAUCUGUUAUGGAAGAUUCUAAACCAACUGCAACCUGUGGUUUAUGAUCCUGACUUGUUCUGUAACUGGUAAACAUAGUUUCUUGGAUCAGAGGAAACAUGAAACUGUGGUUAAGUAGAGACUUCCUGGUUAAUUGUAGUCCAUUCACAGGGACAAGCAAAGUGCUGUGUGCAUGGCCAAAAGGCUCAUUAUUUUUUAAUUUGUUCUUUGUGUCUUUCUUCAAUGAUACCUUUUCCCCAAAAGAAACAAUAUAAGAAAACGAAGUAUAGGUUACUGAAGGCCUGAAAAUACAAUACACAUAUUAUAAGCAAAACCGAACAUUAUCAUUAAUUUAAGAGAGUUAUUCAUGGAAUUAGCAAUUAUAAUAUGUUCAUAUAGCAAUCAAGUCCUUUCAAUAAUAUUGUUAUUAAGCCAAAUAAGAUAAUCUGAAUGUGGCCAUUCUGUAUUUUGCUUUCUUCUUCAUCUUCUCUGCAUAUUUCUGUAUGAAGGAAUUGUGUGGCAUUCCUUCUAGUUUUUGUAAAAGUAACCCUGUGUGAACGAACUCCAUUAGAAGGCCUGUGGUAAAUGCAUGAAACUAUUUUACUGUCUUGUGCACAAUGUCAGGGUUUGCUAAAACGUUUAGAUACCGCAAAGACUUUCUUUAGCGUGGCUCAAACUCUGAUCCAUUUCUGUAUUGGUGAUCCUCCUUUCUGGAGGGCUUUAGUACAGAGCUAACUUUGUUGCCAUUUUGUUUUGCAUGUGCUCCAAGGAUCUUCAUUCCCUGGCCUCCAGCAGUGAGAUGGUAGGCCCUUGUCCUCCUCAAAGUCUAUUUCACUUUUUUUGGUGACAAUUCCCCAAUACACUGUAUAUAGCAUUAUCUAUUGUCCUCUACAAUGAACCGUUUUCUCAGAUGGUUCUGCAUUUAUUUGCUGUUCCUGUUUCUUCUCUUCACUUGCCCUCAGUACAUACUCAGAUUCCCAGGAGUCUUACACUGAGAAGAUGGUAGGCUUGGUGAUGUGUGUUCCUCCUCCCUCACAGUUAUGUUUUCCUUAUGGAGCUCCUUCUCUUGCAUGUGCCAGCUCUCACCUCAAGCUCAAAGCCUCUUUUUAAGAGGAAGAGCUACUGUCGUUCUAUAGAAGCCACUUCACCCAGCAGCUUGUAAUGCAACCAUUUUCAGAAAUAGUAAACACUUAUUGCCUCCUUCCUGCCUCAGCAGUGUGUUGAGUUAAUCCAUUGUAGUCCCUCAUGGUGUGGUGAGAAGUUCCAGUCUCAAGUCAGCCAACGUCUCUUCAGGCAUGCCACCCCCACCCCCCUCUCUGUGCCUCUGUUUCUCUCUCCAAAUGCCUUAUUACUGAUGCAAUCUUUGUGGAGCACAGAGCAAUGUAAAUACUGAAAUAUAAAUAUGACUCCUUAAAAUUAGCCUCAUUAAAAUAUUUUGUAAACCUUGAGUUUUCCCCAAGCCUGUUGACACUCCCCCCUUGGGCAUGGAUGUUGCCAUGUUGGGUAUAUAUAAGAUUCACAGUCAUGGAAUUAAUUAAUCAUUUAACUAUAGAGUAAUUUGGGGGGUGGGGAGGUCAGGAAUCAGUGGGACUCUAGGGCUUCCUUAUUUCUCAGCCUGCUGGCUCUCUUUUGUGCCAUUGCAAGAAGGUGAGGGCUAAAGAGUCUUUUUAGCCUCUGUUUUUAUUACCUUACAUUUAAAGCAAGUACAAACUCACUUCUGAGCUACCAAGUAUCAUAGUAAGUUACCUAGUUUGUUUAUUCAUUUGAUUGCAUUUAUAGUCAAUAUUACUUCAAGCCCCUCAAAAGUAGUAUACAUAGUCUUCACCCCAACACGAACUAUAUCAAAACUUGUAGAGUAGCAGAGGCGGAGAGAUUGUGACUGGCCCCAAAUCAUGCAGAACUUUGUGCAUGAAUGGGAAUUUGAACCCUGGGCUCCCAGUCCUACUUCAACACUCUAUCCACCAUACCACACUGGCUCUCAUUUGCUUGGGAAUUUUGUUUAUACAGUGAAGUGGAGGAUAUGUGGCUGAACGCCUGUACAUUUUCUUGGCUGGUCUUUCCCUGUGAAAGUGGGACAGAUUAUGUUGCUAGUGCUGCCUUCUUAUAAUAUCAACUGAGAAAUUUUCUAGAAAAGGGAAUGCUGACCUGAAUAGCAAAUGGCAUUCUUAUGAAAGUGCAUAAUGUGACGUUUAGUGUGAGUGUGUAUUGUGGGAAGAUGUUAAUGCUGCCCUCCUGUUGCACUUCUGCACCCUGCAGAUGUAGGCAAAGCCUUGCAGACACAACCUCAGCCUCUUUGGCUUCCCAGGGCCAUUGUCCAACCGAAAGCAUUUGGCAACAUUUUUGGAUGGCGUUCCCUGCCCCCCCCCCCCACGUUUGACUCUUAUUAUACUGGUCAACAGAAAAAGUAAUUGUGUGCUUUCCAUUGAAAAAUGGCCACAUCCUCUUUGCACACAAUACGAAACAAAAACCUACAAGCAACACUCGAAACCACUUCCCCAGCCAUUGUGCAAUCAGUCACAUACGCUUGCUUGGCCCCACUGAGUGCAUGCUCAAGACUGUCGGACUGAAGCCAUCAUCUUUAAGUUCAACGGGGGUUUGAAAAGCUGGCUGGUUCCUUCCACCCCCAAAGUCAAGGCAGAACCCAUUGCAGAAAUUUCACCUCCAAAAAAUGGGCAUCUGUGCCUAGUGAAGCAGCUCUUCUGUAUCUGAGGUGGUAUACCUGUUGGCAACAUUUCAGACCAGGAGUGGGGAAUCUCUUUCAGCCUGAGGACUAUGUUACCUUACAGACAACCUUGGAAGGGUGGGCACAUGCCAGUGGUGGGUGAGGCCAGAGGCAAAGGUAGACUGAGCAAUGGGUGUAACAGCAGGCUGGAUUCCAGCCUCACAAAAGCCAGAGGUUUUGACACUAUCCCACACUGCUCUCUAUCUGUUUAGGGAAGCUUUUAAUGUUUAAUAGAUUAUUGUAUUUUAAUAUUCUGUUGGAAGCUGCCCAGGUGGCUGGGGAAACCCAGCCAGAUGGGCGGGGUAUAAAUAAAUUAUUAUUAUUAUUAUCAUCCUGCAAACAAGGACACAUUCCAGGCAGGCAAAGGCACUCUUGUGAGGCAGAGCAGUGAGGUGGGUGGGAGGGCACAGCUGGGGGAAAGUUUCAAGGGCAUAGAGGGCCGCAUUCUUAACCCAUGCGGCAGAUGUUUUCCACCCCCCUUUUAAGGAUUGUGUUCUCCUGGAGUGCUUAGCGGCCCUUCUUGGCUAUUAGCUCAGCCCACAAUAUGUGAAGACUUUCAGGUAACUCUUUUCUCUUGUCUCUGUCACAAUGUGACUCCGUUUCCCUACGUUCUGCAUGACAGAUGGUAGUGGGCUGUUGCUGCUGCCCAUCAGUGGUUGAAUACCCUCACCUUGAGGAGGUAGGCGGCGUUGCCUGCAUUUUGCUUUCUGCUCUCGCUGGGGGUGUGGUGGGGGAUUCUUUCUCUUGAUUGCCAGUUUGGUUGCAUCCUUCUCUGUGUUCUCUCAAAGAAACAAACAUCCCCAACAAACCAGAGUUCCGUUCCUGUGAUGCUCACCAAGUGAGCGUGGGUCCCAUUUUUCUAAAUGACCUUGAGAGAAAUAAGUUCCCUAAUGGGAGAUGUGGAUUUCUAACAGAAAGAAACUGAUUCCCCGCCUUCCUUUUUGGAGUGGUUUUGGUAUAUACUGGUGAGCGAGUUUUGCUAAUAGGGCGUUAGAGAUCUUCACUAAUUCAGGGCCUAUUCUGUGGAGGAUUCCUUGUAACGCAUGUAAUUGCUUAAAUGCUAUCGUGAUAAAUGUGGCACAGAGUGAGUGCUCCUGGAUAAAAAAAAAAACCACAGGAAUUCAAGAUAAAUAUGUUAAAGGGGGUGUUUAUUUUUGAAUUUGAAGGACAUCAGGACAAUCCUUACAAUUCAGCCAAAGAAUGUGGAAGCCUCUCCCAGUUUCUGUCUCGUGAUGAUAAACUUAGUAGGCUGCUUUGGAAAUGCAUAGAUAAUGCCUCUGUAUAGUAAGGAUUUGUGCAGGUGAGAUUGGGAGAGUGUUCCCUACACCAUGGGCAAGAGUUUAACUUACUUAUUUACUGCAUAGCAUUGAAUGAGACCAUCCCUGUAGUCUCAAGUCCAAGCAGAUUGCUAUGUGAUCUCCUGGCUUCCAUUUUAAAUCCUGAUCCUCAUUUGAACGCUGGGGCUAGCUGAGACAAAAUGUUGGCCUUCAGAGCAUUUUCAAAAGAUUGAGGGAAGCUCCAGGCCUUGGUUAGAAGCUAGCAGCAAACUGAAGUGAGGUUAAAUGUGUGGUUGUGUUUAACAUAUCUAUCCCCACCACCACCACCUUCUGAAUAAGCAACCAUGGAGAUGGAAGUGAGUGAUCAGGAUUGAGACUAUACCCUGUGAAGAGGGAGAUUUCACCCUCUCCUGUGCUGCAGUCCCAGUGAAAAUGUCCCCCAGACAUCUGCUGCUACCCUCAGGAAGAAAGCUUCUGUUGAUGCUUCCUUCGCAGGACGGGGUUGCAACUUCAGAAGUGGGGAGGAAUCCCAAUUGUGGCAGGAUCUGUAAUUUCUGUGUAUACUACAUAGGACUGUUCAGGACAUCUAAACUGCCAUUCACCACUACCUCAUGUGGCUGCAAGUUCCUUAAAUGAAGAACUACUUUCUUAUGUCUGUCCUAAACAGCGUUUUCACAAGUUUGUCUUGUAGUUUUGGGUUCUCUGCCUCCUUUGCAGUAAGCAAUACAGGGGUAGCCAACAAGGUGCCCUGCAGAUGUUGCUAGACUCCAGCUCUCCUCAGUCCCAGCCAGCGUGACCCAACUGGCUACUCCUGAAAUAAUACAGCAUGAUCUAUUUUAAGUAGUAUUAUUUUCAGGCAUUCCACAUUUCCGGCUUUCUAACUGUGUCACUCAUGGAUUCUUCUACAGACCAGUUCCUUAUUCUGAUACUUAAUAUAUUCCAAAUUAUAUAUGGGCAGAGCUGGGAUUUUAAUAAUUUUUCAUCUACUGGAAAAUGACAUUUCUCUCUCAUGAUAAAAAGCAAAGCCUCGCUUUCACUCCUUUAUCAAGAACGAAAGUGAAAUAUUGAUAGUUACUCAAUGAAGCGUGUGACCUAUUUCUUGCUCUUCUAUAAAGCAGGAAGCAAAAAGCUAAUGAUUUUUCCUCUGGUGACACUGUGCAAAGCCUUAUAAGGCUGUGGUCUACAGCCACUUGCAGUUAUUUUGGAAUGAAUUUAUUAUUAUUAUUAUUUUUAAGCUAAGACUGCGAGGAUGUGUGUGUGUUAGUGCACCAAAGUCGCCAGAAUUAGUCACAACAUUUCCCCUUCUUAAGACUGUAUUUUAAUUAUUAUUUUUUUUAAAAAUGUGACAUUUGAACUGCAACAAUUAACCAAUUUCAUAAAUCUAAUGAGAAACUUCCUUUCUCUCUCCUCUGUAAAUCUUGUCCCACUCCUCCACAAAAAACCUUCUCUGAUUUAAAAACAAGAUAAAACAUGGGCAGGUACAAAAGAAUAUGGUGUGUGUGGUGGAGAGGGGUUGGAUAAAGAUCGGAACAGAUGUACAAUUUGGUUUUCAAUGAAUGCUUCUAUUCGGAACCUAUGGAAUACACUUGACCAAAAAUUGGGGAGGGAUUGCAUGUGUUUUUCUUUUCAGCUGGUCUAAUGUUAGGGGCUAGCUCAGGGAGCCUGAUUUCUGGGUCUUUUGUGCUGGGCCCCAUUUCUUCUGCCCCUUUCCUCAACUUAAACUUUGCUUUUAUUGCAAAGCACAGUGCUGGUGAGACCCCAGCCACUCACCGUCUUAAUUUGCUCAGAGACCUAAAUUUGUGCAUAUAUAGAGCACACACAAAUUUAUUUCAUAUUCCAUUUCCCAGAGGGUUUUUUUAGGUACUGAGAAGCGCCCCUGCUUGCAACUGCCUACCAAACCUGGUGGUGGUGUUUUGAAAGCAAACUUUGCCAGUGCCUCAAUGCAAAUCCUGCCCCAGGAUUCUUCUUCUGGCCUCCAGACUCAGUCUAGGGAGCAGGGCACCAGGCUUCUCCACUGGUCCUCUCCUUGGUCCAGCAUUGUGGACAGGCUCCAUCCCCAUGUGCCAUGGCAGCUGCUAGCAGCCCCUUGCCACAGGCUCUUUCCCUUCCAGGGUGCAUCAGCUUCUGAGCGCCCCGAGUCCCAGCAGCAUGGCUUGUGUUUUGCUGUCACCUUUGUUUCUUUCCUCCUUCCUUCAUUUCACCUCUAUUCCUUUUCCCCCAUCCCCACCCCUGUUAAACAGGUCAAGACUGAAAUCAGCGUCGAAAGCAAACACCAGACCCUCCAGGGACUGGCUUUUCCUUUGCAGCCAGAAGCUCAGCAGGCCAUCCGGUUACUAAAACAGAAGAAGAUCAAUUACAUCCAGCUGGUGAGAAGUCCAUUUUUCACUAUUCAGUUUGGCCUUUUGAACAUCUCUUGGACUUCUGUGCAAGCCCUGCUUGUUCAAAGGCUCUUGGUUUCCCCCGAGCCAAAUGUUGUUCUGAACUGUGUCCUCUUGCCUUUGUUUAUACAGAAGCUGGACCUGGAACGGGAGACCAUAGACUUGGUCCACACCAACGCCACUGAGAUAGCAGACCUGCCUAAAAGAAUUCCUCAGGAUUCGGCCCGUUACCACUUCUUCCUGUAUAAGCACUCUCACGAGGGAGAUUAUCUGGAGUCAGUUGGUAAGCUCUGGCCAAAUCUACAGCCUUGUCUUUGUUUUUUUUACAGACCAGAAUUUUGCUUCUGUAUCUGUGCCUGUCCUUUCUUUCUUUCAUUCAUUCAUUCAUCCUUCCUUCCCUCCCUCUAGACAGGCAUAGGAAUUUAUUUUCUGAAUGUAUCAAAGGGUUCUCCCCACCAGUGCAGAUUCUUCUGUCCAUGAAUCUGGGGAACCGUGAGAAUGUGUCUGUUAAGUCCUUUCUGAUGAUAUGUAUUUGCUCAUGCAAUUUCUCCAGUGCCAGAAGCCUCAUAAGCCAUCGGUUUAGUGCAGUGAUGGCCAAACUUGGCCCUCCAGCUUCUUUUGGGACUACAAUUCCCAUCAUCCUUGACCACUGGUCCUGUAAGCUAGGGAUGAUGAGAGUUGUAGUCACAUAACAGCUGGAGGGUCAAGUUUGGCCAUCACUGGUUUAGUGCAAAGAAUUCCGAUAUAACCAAUGCUAGAGCUUUUAGAAACAAUACAGUACAUGAAAAGGAAAAUGCUCGCCUGCAAAACUUUUUCCUACUCUUUGUGUUCUGCACUUGCUUCCAUUAUAGUUGUUGCAUGCAUGGUUUUGCUCCCUAUAGUUUUGUGGAAUUAAUCAUGGCUGGGCCCAGGGAUGACUGAUUGCCCUGUUUUCUCUUCCUUGCAGUAUUUAUCUACUCCAUGCCUGGUUACAAAUGUAGCAUCAAGGAGCGCAUGUUAUACUCCAGCUGCAAGAGCCGACUGCUUGACUCUGUGGAACAAAAUUUCUGCCUAGAGAUUGCAAAGAAGGUAAGUCUAGGCUGCCGCCACCCCUUGACCCUUAAAUUUAUAUUUGAUGAAAUCCUCCUCCUUCCAUAUGGACGCUGGAAGCUGUGGAUGGUGUGAAGGACUGGUGCGACAGUAGAUGAAGAUUCUUCCGGAGGAAUUCCUCAGGACCCAGUAUAUAACUUGGGGAAGUGUCCCGACGUUGGUCUUAAAAACCUUAAGACCAAUCAUUAAAAAAAUAUUUAAAUACUUUAGUAGCAAAAGAUCAACUAGAGAGGCAGUUGGGCUUUUGGAUGACAAGGGUGUCAAAUAUGUGUUAAAGAAGGAAAAUGAGACUGCAGGAAAGCUGAAUGAAUCAGCUGCAUCUGUCUUCCCAGCAGAAGAUGUAGGUCAGAUCCUGGCCAUCUAAGGAAACUGUGCCUUGUCCCUAAGAACAGAUUGCAGAUUGGAAAAUUGCUGAUUUUUAAAAAAAGGAUCCAAGGGAUUACAAGCCAGUUAGCUUAACUUGUGUUUUGGGGAAACUGGUGGAAACCAUUAUUAAGGAUAGAAUUACCAAGCAUCUGAAAGAAGAGUUCUUUGCAGUCAUGGGAUGAGAGGACAGGUCCUCUCUUAGAUGAGUAACGGCUUAAGGAAAAGGAAGCAGAGAAUAGGAAUAACUGGAUAGUUCUCACAGUGGGGGAGGAAUGAAGGAACUCUUGGCCAAGAGAAAUUUCAAAAUUGCAUGGCUGACCUACGAAAUGAUGAAACCCUCGUUGCUCAGAUGAGGAGCUGUGAUACUCAGAUUCUGGAGAUGAAAAGUAGAUCUGGUUGGAAGCAACAUUUUAGAGUUGCUGCUGGAUGGUAGAAAUGACUUUGGGGAAAGAGGUGGACGAGGGAGGUAAGAGUGGCAUUACGAGGAAGACAGUCCUUGUCUCAUCUGAGAUGUAGGUGUUUUCAGAGGCCAAGGCAGAGGACUGCAUCUCCUCUUUCCUCUUUGCCAGAUUGAAAUUGAUGAUGGAGCUGAGCUGACAGCAGAGUUCCUGUAUGAUGAGGUCCACCCCAAGCAGCAUGCCUUCAAGCAGGCCUUUGCCAAACCCAAGGGGCCUGUGGGAAAGAGGGGACAAAAGCGACUUAUCAAAGGACCAGGCGAGAAUGGUGAAGACAGUUAAACCCUCGUGGACAGGAGGACGGGUCAGGAAAGGGGCUGCGGGUGCCUACCAGCCUCCGGAAUCGCAGCUCCAACCAAAUCCACCUCUCUGCAUCUGAGCCUGUCCACCGAACUCCAGAGCUGUUUCCUCCAUCUCUUCUUUCAAAGUCGUCUCCACCUGGUUUCAUUAGGGGGAGGGAGGGUAGGAAUCUGGGGGCAGGGAGGAAGAGAGAGAACCUCCAAGCCAUUUCUCUUCCUUUUUGCUCUGUCGUUGUGUAAAUCCUGGGAUGGGGGGAAACAAUAACUGUUCUAGAUUGAAAUGACUCUUUAAAACUGAUGCUCCUGUUUACUGCUUCAUAUUGUGACCUGGUUUACUUGGAAACGGCACCACUCAAAGGAUUUUCUUCACCACUUAUCUGGGGUGGGGUAUUCACACGCAAAGAUCAGAACUCUACCCACCCCUCACCCCCCACAAAAAACCCUCCAAAUGCCUUUUCUCUCACUGUUACAAAACAGUUCAUCAAUAGUCUUUGGAAAUUCCCAUACCAUUAAUGUCAUGUUUUACCAAGAUGGCAAGUUUGCCUAGGAGUUGACUCAGUACUCACUAUUUGAGGUUUAAGGAGUGUGUUCCAGGGAUUAACACUGCAGCAGGAUCUUCCCUCCCCCUUUUUUGUUUAAAACCAUGGAGUUGGUGGGGGAGGUGCUAGAGGUUAGUGGGAUUUGCUCAAACGACACAGGUGUGUUGUUUGGAUGAAGAAAAGCUGUUCAUCUCCAGGCAGCUGAGGGAGAGGCAUCUGUUUCUGACAGUGGCUCUCAUUUCACCAGUGAAGAAGCUUGGGUCCAGUUCCAGGCCUUACCAGGUAGCCUUGUUUGUGGCACCACAAAUCCACCCAUACAGGUCCUGGAUUUCACUGUCCACUUUUAUGAGUUUUGUAAAGCUGUUUCUCCCCCAACCUCCUCUGCCUCACUUUGAUGGCUCAUUGCCUCACACUGUUGCAGCCACAUGAGAAGACGAGAGCAAUUAGAAAUCAGGAAGUGCAAUCCCUGCCCAGUUCCUCUUGGUUGGCUGCUUGACAUUCUUAAUUUAAGGCUGCCACUUCUUCUUUCUUUCAUGUCACCUCCAUGUAUAGCUCUGGUAUGCUUUACCACACGUUGCCACACCAGCGCCUCACCUUGCAAUUGGCUCCCAGCCAAAUGGCCGCAUCAACUUACCUAGCUGUUGCUCUGACUUACAGGAACUGCCUUUUCUCAAGCUAGAUGGUUCCAAAUGUUACAUUCAGCUGGCUGUCGGCUGUGAAGCCUUUGGGCUCCUUGGCCCAGUGACGCAUUUGCUCAGGUGUCGUCCUCCUCCUCCCUCAAUCGUGACACCUGCACUGGCACCUGUAGGUUACGAUGCAAAACCACGCUGAUCCUUAGCUAUACAGUAAAGCUUUGCCAAGCUAAGGGAAUAUUGGCACUUUCAAAGGAUGCUGAAUGCUGAACGGCUUGUCUUCUUCAUGGGAUGCACUUUCCCCGUGACAGAUGUUGUUCACCAUGGCGGGAAUGUUCUGUGCCCCAGAAUGAUUGCUGCAGAUCCAUGUAAACCAGGUGGAAGGAAGGGGCAGCUGCUGGUGUGACGGUGUUACCCAUGUGCAGGGGGGCUGGAGCAGCUCAUGACGGAAGGGCAGUUGCAUUGCCAGGGGUGGUGGUGGUGGUGGUGGAAGUCUUCUCAAUCCGCUCUGAAUGCAAGAGUAGAAGUAGGCCCUGACUCAGCUCAAGCCAGCAACGUGACCCAGAUUGGGGACUUCUGAAAACCAUUGUAGUAGAUGACGAUGUGUUCAUUCCAUGGGGGUCACUGAAUUUAACGUGCAUGAUUAAACUUCUCCUUCUGACCCCUGGGGAGCUUCUUAGUGGUCUGUUUCGUGUCUCAUAAAAAACAAACAACCUCCACACAAAUGCUAAGCCUUUUUUCCUCCCUUUUCUCUUUUUUCUUUUCUUACAUAGCCAAUUGUGUGGUGUUAGCUUGAUGGCUUUGAAUCGUGAUUUCUUCCCUGCCCCUCCCUCCACCCCCCUUUUAUGAAGUCAGUGUAUUCUUUUGAAGUCUACAGAAGAGGCAGAUAAGUUAAGCAGCAAAGAAUGCUGCAACAGUUGUGAAGGAAAGAGCCUGGGUUUUCUCUGUCUCGCUCAUUCCCAUGGUGGAAACAGCUGGGACUUGGGCCUACGAUUCAAGAAAGGAAGGGCAGGUUUCUCCAAGUUCAAAGCACACUGCCCUAGGGCAGUUUCAAGUAUCUGGCUUUUUAAAAAUGAUUUAAAAAAUACACAACAGCUCAUGCCAUAAUUUCAGAGGAGAAACCUAGAUUUUAGCUCUCCUAUAAUCUUUUUAUUUUCCUGAGAGGUAUGCUGGAAGGAUUUGGAAGGACAGUUUCUUCUAACUUUUAAGAAUUUCCUCCACAUUGGGCAGCAGGCCUUGCUUCCAGUAUGUAGCGAUAAGAAGACAUUGAUUAGGUUAAAAGAUUGGCCUAGCUCAGCAUGUCAUGUUCAGCCAACAGGAUUCAGAUUCAAAUAGGGAUAAUGAAAUCCUCUACUGGGGGUUUCCUCUCUCUUUUGCCUAUAUUUUCUGUGACCAAAACCCAAACUGUCAAGCUACAUUCAGGGACUGCAGUGGUAGGUUGUCUCACUCCUCCACCCCCAAUUCUUGUUCCUGGAGCACCUUAACUGUUGACAACUCUAGGCCAGGAGUUGCCAAGCUGGUGCACUCCACAUGUCAAACUCCAAUCCCAUCAGCCCCUGCUAGCAUGAUGGGAGCUGCAUUCAAACAACAUUUGAAGGACACCACACUGGCUGUCCCUGCUCUAGGCUCCCCAGCCGCCAUUAUUUGGCUUAUCCCUAACCCCCCACCUCCAGGUAACAAUCCUGUGGGGCGAGUCUGCAUUCUAGGUGGAGUGUGCUAUGCACGUGUGGGGUUAUCUAGCCCACUUGUGCUUUCAUUCAUGUGCUUCUGGAUGUUGCCACCCUCUGUGGGCAUUUUUACUGCCACUGUGAGACAUAGUGAAUCAGCGAAAAGCUUUCUUGUCUUGAGAUAAUGCAUACUGGUGCCUCUGUCAUCCCAUUCCCUCAGGAAUGUGCAAGAAGUCCAACAUUUUUAAGAGCAUCUACCCAAGGCCCCAAGCAAAGGGACAUCCAGAUGUGAGCAUUUGCUGACUCAGAUGCAUUUUCCAUUCUGUAGCUGGAAGAUGGUAACCAGCAUGUCACAGAGGAUACAUUUCUUUGGGAUCCCCACCGCUGCCAAAGAUUAAUAAAACAAGGAUUUCAUUCCAUUUUAAGUUUGUCUAGCAAGGUCACUGUUGACAUGUUCUCUGCCAUGUUGUAUUUUAUGGAUUAGCCCCAUGUUCAUUAUCCCACAACAUGUCCCAAAGGAAUUUGGUGGCUAAAGCAACCAAGACCUAGCUUGGCCUUGUGUGAUAUUUGGACUCCAUUAGAUUGGUCUGAAUCUAUUCUUUUGCUGUAUUAAUUCAGAACAUUACCAUGUAAUGGUGAUGGUCCAAUCAGCAACCUCAAGUGCGUGAUCAGUUAUAAUUUAAGGACCUAUCAGAACUUCCAUGAAGGAAAAAGAGAGAAUUGGUAGCCUACAUCUCAGUACUCCCUUUCUUGUCUCAUUUUCUCCUCUCCACUAACACUAAAGGCCAAAUCUCAGGAUUUCAGAGAGACUAGUUACAGAAUCGUUGUGUCUCCCACCGCCUACCCACUGACCCAUGAACAUGACUGGUGCCUGUGGUUACUCCACUAUGUGAUCUAAAUAUCUGGAGCUUCUCUCUUUUAUGGAGGGGUAACCCUUGUUUCCGAGGUGACGAGAAGACUUUCAAAAUCAGCCAUGCUGGAUGAAGAUCACAAUUAUGUGACAAUCCCAUAAAUAUCCAGCCUUCCCGCACCCCAUCCUUCACAAGUAUCCAUCCAAUCUGCACAAUAGAAAACUCCCCCCACACACACCUUACCUGUUUUGGAGGAAACACCCCAGCACUGGAACACUUCUAAGCUGGAGAGGAAUGUUACUCUGAGCAUGGGAUAUCCUUCCUCCCAUGGGUAUCCUCAGGUAUAUCUGCCUGUGGAAAUCAUUUCCCACCCCUAAAACAUUCUCUAAAUUUAUUAGGCUGGAUCAGAAUCAAUGAGUCAAGAUAACGUCAUAAUUUUGCCAUCUAGGAGUCAAGUCAGAGAAACAGAAGACAUGGUUUCUUCCCUUUUAAAAUGUUUCAGUUUAUUUUAGUGGGCCCACUAAUAUUGCAUCAUUAUGGUGGCCAAGGUAGUUGCUGUGCUCUCAUUUGGAACUUGUUUUGACUUGAAUCGUUUUGGCGCUAUAUGGAAGCCCAGGGGCAAUGUUUUGAAGGGCCCCAAAGUGGCAGGAGCCCAUAGAGCGUUAAGACUAUGCUGCUACUGAAGAACGGUAGAGUAUUCCUGCACAUGCUCAGUGGAGGCUGUGAUAGGUUUAGUGCACACUCUGCUCUAGCAGGUGCUUAGCUGUAGUGGCUGAAAGGCAGGGCCAAUGGACAGCGUGGUAAAAGUAAUGAGUUCUUUGCAGCCGUCACCUGACGGUAACUUGCCACAGUGACGAGCAGGCCAGAAACUACCACUACCUUAUUCACACUAACAGCACGCAGAAUCUUAACAUGAGCACCAGAGGUUUGGAGAAACUUAGGAAAUGCACAUUCCUGAUUGGACUCGGUGAUGAUGUGGAUUUGUAGAUUAUGGGGGAGGCAGGGCACACUGUACUGAAUGCUGUAUUUUCUAAAAAAUAAAAAGUAUUUUUAAAACA